UUUAGUUUUCGUGAAUUAAAAAAAUAUCCUUGAUGUCACUUUUAUUUUAAUAUUUUUGGAGCCUCUUGUGGAAUUAUUUCCUCGAAAUGUAAAUUUAAUGUAAAUCGAAAACUGAACGAUGAAGUAAGAGAUUCAGCCAUGCCCACGAAGAAUCUGGAGGUGGUGGAUAUUUUAGAAGCCCUCGAAUCGAAGCUCGCGUACAUUCCAGGAGGACGUGAUCGGGAAGGAAGACCUUUGAUGGUGGUCAAUGUUCCCUCAGAACUUCAACCGACCACGAAGCCAAGGUUGGAAGUAUUGAUCGCCUAUUUUUUGUCCAUUUUUAGCGAGGAGACGAAGAAGAAUGGAUUGGUUUUGAUAGUGGACGCGAGAAAGGGCGCGUGGAGGGUGGCGAGGUCUUGCAUCAGGUUGUCUACUGUACUUCUGGGAGCUUCUGCCGCAUCCGUCAUCGUGGUGCGCCCUGAUGGCUUCUGGGACAAAAGGGUGGACAGUUGCACGAAAUCGCACAAGGAAGGAGAGCCGACGUACCUCACCCUGACGAGGCUCCAGCUCCACGUCGACUUUGCACAGCUGCCGUACGAGCUGGGUGGCAACAAACUUUACGAUCACGUGGAUUGGAUCCAGAAGCGCGUGAAAGUGGAGGAUUACACCAAGGAUGCAUCCGAUCUCAUCACUAAAAUGGCAGAUCUGCACCGAAGAUUGAUCAGUUUGGAUGGAUUUCGAAUGUCAGAGUCGGACGACGAUUUGGAAUCUUAUUGGGGGAUGAGCAACGAAUUAACAGCUCAUGCACGACACAUUCUUCAAUCAGGAAGAAAUUUAGUCGGUUCGAUGGCCAGAGAAUCUUCGAAAGAUACAUUGGACAGUACGAAAAGAAUUCACGAGCUUAUCGACUCCAUCGAGCUGAAGAAGUUGGACAUCGAAAAUUCUUGGUCAGAAAUGGAGAAGAAUUUGGAUACGGCGAGGGUGAUCGGUGAUCUCGAGAAAGGUGUGUCACGUGUUACAGAUUGGAUAUUGGGACCAGCUGACGCCAUGUUGAACUCUUGUUGCCAGGUUGGAUUUGACGUCUCUUCCUCGGAAGAGCUUCGCAGACGUCACGAGGAACUCGAAUUAGAAUGCAGGGAAACUUAUGGACGAUACGCGGAACUGCUUCACAAGAUCGACAGUUUACCAAGCACGCGUUUAUCCGAGGAUUUGAAAUCUCAGAGGGAUUUCAUGGAUUUCGUGUGCAGAAGUUUUGCAAACAGGCUCGAGAGACGGCGAAACGUGUUAAUCACUUCGCAAAGAUUUUUCAGACUAGUUUCCGAGUACUUUGACAAAACGAGCGAGGUCUUCGAUAAAUUAGUGAUGGGCAACAGAACUCACGAUUUUUCACAAGCUGGAGUCAAUCUUUUGAAGUUGCAACAAAGCCAAGGAAUCUUGGAAUCUUUGGAACGCGAGUUGGUAAAGGAAGGUGAAAAAUUAUCGGACAUUUUGUCGAUGCCAGUGAAGGACGCGCUUGGACGCGAUGUGCAUGUUGACUAUGGCGAAGAUAUAGUCAAUGUCAGAGAUAUUUUGGAUGCGACGAACGCCAGGAAGAAUAUUUUCAAUGACAGCGUCGAGCUGCAGAAACUCUCCCUAAAGCAGACAGCAUUGAUAUACAUUUACGAAAACGAUGGCGAACAGGCUGUAAAAUGGUUGAACGAUUUGUACAAUGUUUUGUUGAAAAAUCAUAUGGAGAUUGGUUGCAACGCGAUCGAGAUACAAUCUCAGAAAGAGGAACAUCAAUCCUUUCAAGAAACCGCUAAGGGAACGUACGACUAUGGUUGUCAAUUGGUGAAUGGUGCACGAGUGUUGAGGUUGUCGUGCAGACUGCCGUUGGAAAGUAACGCGAGUCUGUUCUCAAGGUUGAGACAAGCUUGGAAACGGCUUCGAUCCGUUGGCCAGGAACAAUUAACGAGACUGAGAGUGUGCGCCGUCUUCCACAGAAGCGUCGAAGAUGUACGCACGCAUUGUUCCAAGCUGCACGACUUGAUAGAGACCGUGGUAUCUCUGCGUCGCUCGUUGAGGCUCGAGGAUCUAGCAGCGGAGGCGCGAGCCAAGGCCGAAAUAAGGAACAUCCUGGGCAAUCGCGAAAAGCUCCUCCUCGAAGUCGGUCGAAUGGUGAGGCUUGGCCGCCUGUUGAGGACACGCCUGAAGGAGCCACUGUGUCAUCAACGAAUGUCGGAAGCCGAGGAUGCCUCCUCGGGCAAAGGCAGUAACCUGACAGCGGUGGAGGCGAUCUCGGCGAGGUUGGCGGAAGUAACUCGUCUCGCCGAGAAGUUGGACGCGAAACUUUGCGAGGCUGGCGCCAGGACUCGUCCAGUCCCGAUGUCCUCGUCCGCCGUCUCCUCCACCCCCUCCCCCCUCUCGUCCUCGAGCGCGCCCCCCACUUCCGCCUCGGGUCAAAUCCACACGAUUUCCGCUGUCACAACUUCGUCGAUCGGGAUCACAGCACCGUUGAUCAGCUCCUCGACGGUGCAGCUUCAGCCCAAAUGCGUGUCCACGAUACUCUCCUCGGCGACGAGCAACGAGAACGUUGGCACGACGACCAAAGAUUCGGCGCAGAGUGUGAAUGGCACGGGAGUUGGUGAUGAAAAGGUGGAGAGCAAGGUGGAGGAUGAGGGGGAGGCUGGAACAGGGGAAGAGAAUAGACAGGAUGAUUUGAGCGGGAUGAAUGAUGAGAAGUUGAAGGGAGAAGUUGUGGAGGACGUGAUCGAAAAGUCAUUCGACGAUAAUCUAGCCGAAGAUUCGAACAUGGACGAAUACGUAACUGCGACUGAAUGUUCAAUCACUCCGACAGUUCGUUCGAGGAGCGAAUCUUUCGUUACGUCUCCAGAAUGGGAAGAUCUCGCUGCUCCAACAUCCGUGACACAUACUUGUUGCGAUACUGGGUGGAACAUCGAAGAAACUAAGCUUAAACGGACGGAAAGUUUGGAAACGGAGAAAAUCGACGCUUCGAUGGAUAUUCCAAAACCGGAAGUCGAGGGGACGGAGAACGAGGGAAAACAGAGUGAGAAGCUCGUGUCGAUGGAAAAAAGAGUCGAAGAGAAAUCCGGGAAGAUAGUGAAAGAAGUUACGGAAACGACGACUUUACGAGUGUCUCACGAUACUCGUUUAGAUAUUGCGUCUUACAAGGUGAUAUCCAACACCACGCAAGAUCAUCGAGAAAACGUAGAUGUUAAGGAAAUCAAGGAUCUCGAACGCAUCGUGUUGCCGGAUGUCCACGAGAAAACGAAUGGAUCGCACUACGAGAUGGAUUCCGUUAGCAAAUCGGAGUCGUACAGUCGCAGAGACGAAUUGUCCACGAAAACGGACGACAUCGAGCGCGUGGUAAAAUUCGCGAAGAUCUGCGAAAUAAAUCAAGAAUCGCGCACGAUCUCUGUCGAUACAUCGGCGAAGGAUAUCGCUCUGUCCUUGAAGGAAUACAGGCGACGUCACGAGGACAGUGGGAUCGAGAUGUCGCCGACGAAGAAAGACGAAAACCUCGAGGGCCAAGAUUUCCUCGAAGCGGCGAGGAAGAGAAGAGUUGCGAGAAUGGUAGACGGGCACGACUCGAUGGAAACGGCGGAGAAUAGCGAGGGUCCUCGUGAGAAGGAAUCACGAACAAUGGUGGAGAGCAACGAGGAUGGAACCCAACAAACCACCAGCCCGACCACCACCAUAAGCACCAUAGCAGUGCAGAGCGGUGAAACGCGUCUGGUGAUCGCUCUACUUCAAAGCGGAGAAUGGCUGAGAUUGAAGGUCCUGGAGGUUCAACCAGAACUAACGAAGCUCGGUGCCACGGUGGAGGAAGCCACCGAGCUCUCGAAUGCGCACGACGAAGUUCUGCUUCGAUUGCAGAGCAAACAGAGCCCGGUGGAGGAAUUGCUCCGGCAGGCUGAUCAGUUGAUCUCGAACCAAAGGCCAAGAGCGGAAGUGUACGCCGCGAUGGCGGAAACGUUGGGCCAAGCUUGGCGCGAUGUGAACGAGCUUUUGGAACGUCGAAAACAAAUCCUCGACUCGAACGUAUUGUUCCAAUGUCGAGCGGAGGAGUGUCGAGAGAGCAUGAGGGCAUUGGAGAUGGCUUGUAACGACACGCUGUUGCCGAUCGAGAUCGAGGCGGUGAAGAAUUUCUUGUCGAAAAUCCACGAUCUUCGAAAGAACAUGCUCGAGGCGUUGAUGGGCGCGUUGCAAGAGGGGAAGAAUUUAUUGGACCGGCUGAAGGAGAUUGCGAACGAAGGCACAUUGGACUCCAGGCCCGAGAGAAUUAAGCUCGAAGCUGAUCACGCCGUGUUGAAGGUUGAGAAAUGGUUGGAAGAGCUCCACGAUAGGAGACGGUUGAUCGAGGCGUCGUUCCGCAGUAGAAAGACACAAUUGGAGCAAUGUCUGGCUUUAGCUCUGCUAGCGACCGAUCUACGCGAUCUCGAGGAGAUCUUGAACGAUAGGAUCGCUGCUCUGUCGAGCAGCUGCGAUCAACUGGGAGAUUCCGCGUCGAGCGCGGAAUUGCUCCUGUUCGAAUUGAAAAAAUUACAGGCUGAGGCUAAGGAAUUUCAAGACAGAUCGAUCAAAAUAACGAAAUCGACCGAACGAUUAGUGUCAUCGGGACACUUUGCCGGUGAACAGGCGACAGAACAAGCUUAUGCGAUCCUUGGCGCCGCGGCUGAUUAUGUCAAUGAUUUAGAUCAGUAUGAGUCGUUGUUGAAUAGAGCGGUGGCCUUCUUUGAUUCGGCAAGAUCGGCAAUCACGAAGCUAGAUCAAUUGGAGAUUCAACUGGUGACCACAGAGCAUCCCCCGUAUUCGACGAGAUUAGCUCGUUUCCAUGCCCAGACCGUCGCCACCAUCGAAGACGUUACAGCGAAACCUUUGGCGGAAGGAUACGCCCUCUUGGACAUCACGGGAAGAGGAGCGCCUGGGGCUGAGGGUGUGAAACGGGCGGUGGAGGAGUUGGAGAACCGGAAGAUCCGGUUGAUGGAACGGUGCACGGCCCACGAGAAGGAGAAUCUCGAGAUAUCGAGGAUCAUAAACACGUUCCUGGACAAGCACGACGAGCUGAGAAAGUGGUUAAUGAGCAUACCCGAAGCGUUUCUUCAGGGCCACCAAGACAUGGGCAGCGACGUCACAAUGGCUGAGGAUUUCUGCAGGCUUCACCGCCAACUGUUGACCGAUCUCGAGCAGAGAACCGUCGAGGUCGAGCAUCUCGAGUUCGAAAUUCUUCCGAUCAGGGAACGGCUCGACGAGUCGCAGAAGUUGGAAUUGCAAUCGAAGGUAGAGGAGUUGAAGAACUCUUGGUCGAAGACCAAGGAUUUGGUGGCGGGAAGAAUCGAUUUGGGAUCCCUUUACCUUCAAUUCCACGUGGUCGUCGAGGAGUUGACGAAGGAGAUCGAGUCCAUCGAAGCCGAGUUGAAGAGGCACGUUGACGUUUUGGACGAGGGAAGGAUCGAAUCGAUUGGAAGACGUUGGAAGGAUCUUCAACCACUUUACGUGAGAUUAACUGGUACAGGAAAGGCGUUCUUGGAUGCUGCUGUCAAGAUCGACGACCCCUAUUUGGAUGUGCAGAGGGCCUGCAUAUGCGUUCAGAUGCUUUUAGAAAAGUUUGCCAAUAAACAGUUGACCGUGACGGAAUCGUGGGAGAAAUGGCGAACCACGAUAGAGAUUUUGAGGGAGAAACGGAUCGAGCAUGAACGAAAAAUAGAAGAAAGCACGAGGACGAUGGAAUGGGUGUCUAAAUUCAGCGAGCAAUUGUAUCCAGUGAUCACGUCUGUUUCUCAUCAAACGGCGAACAUUCUUCAAGAUCUUGCUGGAUCCAAAGAUCGUAUCCUCCCCGAGUUGAACAAAGCAGUGGACGAGUUGGAUUCGAGGAUCAAAGGGUUGAAUGCUUUGGCACAAAAAGGCGAAGUGCAAAUUGAGGAUGAAAUCUUGAAGAGACUUCGUCAGAUGCACGAGAAUCUUCGUACGACCGCGAGGGAUUAUGAAAAUCUUCUCGAAUCGUUGAUCUCUAUCUUCAAGAAUAUUGAAGAGGUCGAGCACAAAAUCGAGCAGCUGAAGAGUCAAGCAUCGCGUGUAACGUCCCUGAGAAAAUUAUCCGAAGUGGAAGCUCUGUUCAACGAGCUCGACGCGAUGAGAUGGUCAAUCUCCGAGAGGCAGAGUCAGAUCGGAUCGAAGGUGCGAGAAACGAUGGUUAAAAUCGAGCGGCAGGAACCACGAGAGGCUGGUGUCCACGACAUCGAGAAAUUGAGACGCGCCUUGGACUCGUUGUCCACCGAUUUCGAAGUGUUUUGGUCACAGACGACUACCAAAAUCGAAGAGUAUCGGCGAACUUACACCUUUGCCGAGGAUCUGGAGAGGAUCGACAAUGAGCUGCUGGAUUUGAACGAACAUUUGAAAAAGGUGGAUACGAAGAUCGGUGAGAAUCUUCAGACGGCAAGGGCCGCCGCUUCUUCGUUCGUGCAGUUCGAGAAAACUGUCACGAUUUUGGAAGAGAGGAUCGAGACUUUUGUGAGAACGACAGAAGAGUCGAUCAAUGUUCUGACGCCUCAAAUCAUCAAGGAUAUUUCCUCGUUGAGAGAAAGAUGGAGAAAUUUGAAGAGGAAGAUCGAAGAAACGAGGAAACGAACGAAUUUGGCCAUAGAGUAUUUCAUGCUCUUGGAGGAAGCCAAGGAAUGGAAUAGGGAGGGUAGUAAAUUGUUGGUGGUGAUAGCUAGGAAGGCGACCACGGUAAAAACCCCUAAAGACGCGAUGGUGUUGCUUCAAGAAAUUGAGAAUUAUCUAAAACCAGGUGAAGAGAUGCAGGAAAAGAGAAUCGAAAAAUUAAAAGAAUUGUCUACGAUUGUUUUUGACACGGAUAGAUUACCACAAUUCAACGAAGUCGUCGUCGAGAAUCGGCAGAUGUUGGAUUCCUUUGCCGUCAUUUCAUCCGAGCUUCGAACGCUGGCCCAAAAUUUGAAAAAUGCCGAAGAUUUACAAGAGAAAUUGAGAAUAGAAAAACGGGAAGCGGAUGAGAAAUUACAAGCCGCAAAAAUGGAAAUGGCUGCCGCGGAGGCAGCGAGGGAAGAAGCGGAGAAUGCGAAGAAAAUUGCCGAGAAAUUAGCAGCUGAAACAUUGGAAAAAGCAACGAUAGAAGCGAAAAGGUUGAAGGAAGAGAGGAAGAUUCAAAAAGUUUCUGCUCCUCCGUCGUUUUCGGUUUCGGCACAAACGGAGAAGAUCGAAACCGACGAAAGUUACGUCAAAGAAAUGGUCACUUCAGCCACCAUCAAAAAAGAAAUACACAUCUUACAGAAGACGGAAAUUGAGAAAAGAGUACCGUCUCGCGAACCGAGCCCACAAAAGAAAAUCAUCACCGAAGAAACUCGCGAAAAAUCAGUUGAAAGAAUGCACAAGGAAAGUGUUCCACCAUUGGCACCAGAGUUUACGAUUCCUUUACACGACGCCACUGUACAGGAAGGAGAGAAAUUCACCUUCCAGUGCAAUCUCAUUGGUCAACCAACACCGGAAGUAAUAUGGUACAAGGAUGGAAUCUCGAUUUUGAAUAAUCCUGAUUACUUGACCACUUACAUUCACGGAAUUUGCACAUUGACGAUCGAAGAAACUUUUGCCGAAGAUUCUGCGAAAUAUACUUGCAAAGCUUUCAAUAUAGCUGGAUCAGCGGAAACUUCCGCCACAUUGACUGUCAAAGAAACUGCACCUGAAGAGCAACCGAGUUCUCCAGUUUUCGUGAAAGAGUUGAUGGCCUCAGUGGCUUUAGAAAAUUCUUCUCAUCAAUUGAACUGCACCGUCAAAGGUAAUCCACUGCCAACCGUCCAAUGGUUCAAGAACGACGUGAACAUCGAUAAUUCUCCCGAUUACGUUAUCACUUAUAAUAAUGGCGAGGCUGUAUUAAAAUUCGAGGAAGUUUUCUUAGAAGACAAAGCUACAUACACUUGCAAGGCCACGAAUAAAUUGGGCCAAGCCUCCACUUCCGCUUUUCUCGACGUUGAACCCGCGGAAUUCACUUCGGAGAAACCAUAUUUUGUCACACCUCUUUCGAAUGCCAUGGGAAGAGCAGGUCAAAGGGUGAAACUCGAAUGCGAGGCAAAAGGGAAUCCUAUGCCCGCUUUAACUUGGUAUCACGAUGGAAGACCCGUUGAAGAAAGCAUGAAUUUGAAGAUACAAAUGGACGGUGGACGGACCAGUUUGGUCAUCUCGGAGGCGUUCGCCAAGGAUGCCGGAUGUUACACGGUCGUCGCCAAGAACGAAGCGGGCGAGGCAACGGUUACUUGCAACGUGUCCGUGAAGGGGCGGCUUCCGCACGAGACGAGCGACUCGGAAUUCGCCUGCAGCGACAUGGAGCCCGUCGUGCCCAAGAUCCAGAUGCCGUUGAAGGACCUCAAGGUUCAGGAGGGCCUCUCCGUUCGCCUUGACUGCGUGAUCGUUGGACAACCUGAGCCGGAAGGACAGGUGAUUUGGUAUCACGACGAUCAACCUGUAAAGGAAUCGGCCGAUUUCCAGUUGUUGUUCCAGGGUGACAAGUGUUCCUUGGUCAUUCACGAAGCUUUCUUAGACGAUGCUGGUGUGUACAAAGUAGUCGCCAUUAAUUCUGGCGGUGAAGCAUCUAGUCAAUGCACAUUAACAGUGACACCGGUUACUGUUUCGGAGAAAUUGGAUAGAGCGCGAACAGAGAUCGAAGAAACAUUCGUCGCGGGUUCGCCGCCAAGAUUCGUCAAACUUCCGACCGAUUCUCUCGUAGCGGAAGGCGAGACCGCCAUUUUCGAAUGCGCAGUGGUUGGAGAGCCGAAACCGGAACUGAGAUGGUUCUCCGACAGUGGCGAAGUCACUGAGAAUGAACGUAUUCUGAUCCAGCGAAAGGAGGAUGGAACGAGCAUCCUGAAGAUUUCUUCGGCGAUUCCCGAGGAUAAGGGAAAUUACGUGGUCAAAGCGUUCAAUGAACACGGAGAAGCGAAAGCUUUCGCUCGACUGGUCAUCAGAUCGUUGGGUGACUUUAGAAGAAAGGAAGAAUUUGUAAAGAUGGAGGAGAAACUGAUUGCCCCCACGUUCAAGGAGAGAUUCGAGGACAGAAGAGUGAUGGAGGGUGUCUCCACGAAAUUUGAGUGCAUCGUGGUUGGAAAACCAUCUCCAAAAAUUCAAUGGUUAUUUAACGAUCGCCCCGUCCACGGCAAGGACUUCUUGGUCUCGGUCAGCGGGGAUCGACAAGUGCUGACGAUUCCAGAGACCGGAAGUACGCAUGCCGGUACGAUUUCCUGCGUGGCCGAGAACGCUGCUGGAAAAGCGAUUUGCAGUGCUCGUCUAGAGAUCGGUGGCAGGUCAGUGGAGGAGGUGAGAAAAGUUGGGGAAAAGAGGGUGGUCGACUUAGUCGAAAGAUCGCCCGCCGACGAAAUGCACGCAGCGAGCAGCAGCGAGAAACACUUCUCCUCGGAGAAGUCCGAGGGCGAGGGGGAGAGCCAGGUGUUGACCAAGAUGUCGCAGACCAUCACCGAGUCCACGACCACCCACAAGACGACCAAGAAGGAGUACAUCUCAUCUACUACGUCCUCCACCUUGUCGAAACCUGGACAGGAACCCACCAGCGUGUCCGUGAAGACUACUGUACAUAGCACGGAACAAUCGUCCUCGGAGAAUGGAGCGCCUCCUGUUGUGCAGUCGUACAAAGUCGAGGAACACGAAAAGAUCAUUCAAGACCAACCAGGCGAGAUUCGUCAAGAAAAAACAGUGGUGGUAUCUCAAGACGAGGAAGGGAUUAAACAAAGGGAUGUCAAAGCUGCGCAAAUAUCGAAACCAACCAGAAAAUCGACUGCGCCGAGAUUCGUUUCGCCUCUCACAGGGAUGAUCGUGGAUCAGGGCACUGAUAUUAUCCUCGAAGGAAUUAUCGAUGGAUUUCCUCAACCUUCAAUUAGCUGGUCGAAGAACGGGCAAGAACUGAAAACGAAAGAUGGAAUAACGAUCACUUACGCUCAUAAUCAUGUCCGUUUGGAACUGAAGAAAGUAAAUGUUAAGGACGCGGGACGAUACACUUGCACGGCGAGCAACGAAGUCGGUUCUGCUAGUAGCACAGCCGAUCUUGUCGUAAAAAAAACGAUAUUCCCGCCGGUAUUUGGCAGAAGAUUGCAAGCUCAAGUUGUGAAACGUGGAGAACGAGUGAACAUGGAGGUAGAAAUCACAGGAACGCCGGAACCCACGGUUACAUGGUUCAAGGACGAUGUCCCUAUCAAAGAACGUCCACCUGAAUUGAGGAUUAAACAGCAAGGAAAUUGUUACAUGCUCAUUAUCGACAAAGCUGAAAAAGCGCAUGCAGGAAAAUAUAUGGUUCGAGCAACAAAUGCCGGUGGUGAAGCCCAAAGUAUAGCAGACUUUGCUGUCUUCGAGCCAACGCCUGAUACUAUGACAGAAGUUCAUAAAACUGUUAUUUACGAGAAUGUGCAAGACAAGAAAGUCACUCAGUCCGACGAAAAGAAGAAAGAGGUUCCUUCUAGCAAACUUCCUCCAUCAACGACAAUUCAACAGAUUCCGCCGUUAAAAACGACACCUAUUGUGUCAUCCACUUCGAUAUCGGAAACGACCAAAACCGUAGAAAAGAUAGAGGAGCCGGAAAGCAGGAUGAGUCGUUCGGAAACAAUCUCGUCCACGGUCGAAUCACAUCAAUCGCAAUCAAAAUCGGAGCAAAAGUUCCACAUGAAGCUGGAGCACAAGACGCCAAUCAUACCGGAGCCAAGGAAGGAAGAAAAGAUGGUAACGAGGGAAGUGAUUCGCGAAGAAGUCGAGAAGAAAGGCGCCGAGCCGAAGGCUACAGUGAUCGAGGAGAGGACGAAGAUCGAGAACGAAAAUAUAGAAACAUCGACGAUAGCCAAAAAGGAUGCAUUGAGUUUCUUCGAAUCGAUGACGAAGGAAACGGAAACUACGCCUAAAGGUCCCAAAGAGAUGAUUAAAUUAGUGGACGAUGCUGAUGGGCACGAAGUGAAGGUUGGAAAAUUGACGAAGAACUACGAAAGAUCCACUACGUUCCAAGAGGUAAAGAAACCUGAACCGAAACCUGCGGAGAUUCAAACGACAAAGAAAGCUGUCCACGAGAUAUUCACGAAAUUGGAGCAAGGGAGUACAGCUUCUCGUGGAAUUGACAAUAAACUGUUCGAUUUUCCGUACGAGCCGUACAAGCCACCUUCAGAGAUCAAGAAGACAGUCGUGGAAGAAACAGUUAGCUCAGGAUCGUCAUCCGUUCAAGGAUCUCUGAUAAUGUCGUCAAAAAUGGAGAGCAAAGUGGAAAGUAAAAUGGAAAGCAAGUCAGAAUUAUUGGAGGGUUUUAAUUUGGUGCCAGAGCCUCCACCGGAAAUUGGUUACAUGCCGAAGCCGGAAGAAUUAAAAAAAAAACGCCCUGAAGUGUCGAUUAAGGCUAAACAGCUCCAAGAAUCCUUUGAUAGAACCCUGUCCCCGAUAGAUGCGCCUGUUGGCGGUGUGAAGAUUUUCCCCACGCCUUCUCCAAAAGUGGCCCCAAUGUUUUCCAUGCCACCAUCAUCCUUUGAGCUCGAGAAGAAAGAGGUAGUCGAGGAGCCUUGCGUGAGAAAGGAAAUCCACGAGAAAAGGGACUACGUGUCUUCGUUCAGAGCUAUGUCUCCUAGCAGACCUUGGUCAUCGUCGUCUGACGUGGAAACCAGAUCGCAUGUAUCUACUGAUCUGUCAGAAUACAGGUGUCACUCUGCAGCGUCGAGUCAUCAAGAGAUACUCAGAUCUACGUCGCCAAGACCAUCGGCUGACGCCUUGGCUAUGGAGAAAUCCUGGGCAAAGAAGUGUGCCGAGUCUAGUCGGAAAUCGUGGCCUCCGCAGGAAGAGUCGAAAUUCAAGCAAGAAUGGCAAUCCCCUGGUGAAGAGUACAAGAGUUCGUCGAAGGAGUUUAGGAAGGAAGUCGAAGAGACGCCUGAAGGCGGUAUCAGAAAGACCAGCAUGGAAUCGUCCAGCACGACUGAGAGGCGAUCCUGGAGUUCGAAACAGGAAUCGAUGGAGAAGAUCGAAUCGAAGAGAGCUCCAUCACCACUAAAAACGCAACCGAUCAUCUACAACGCGGAAACAAUUAAAGUAGAUCACGUGGUGAACAAGAUGGAAGAGAAAUCUCUGUAUGAGAAGUACACUAGUGAGAGCGACAUUAAGAAGCUGGAAAAGUCUGAAAAGUUCGAAGAAAAAUAUUCGAAAAAAUGGACAAGCUCAGAUGAUUUAAAAGCUCCUGGUCUUGUCAGAAGUGUGGAACCACCUAAAAGACCCGUGAUUCAAUUGUACCAUCUUACUCCACCUAGUGAGCAAAUUAUUUUAGAACCUGGCCCACCUCCGGAAAUCGGAUAUAUUCCAGCACCAGUAGUCAAAGAGAAGAAGAUCGAGAAGAUAGAAAAGAACUUGGAAGUAUCGUUGGAGCAUCAGCCAGCUAAGAUCCCUCCAGGAGGAAUCAGAACUAUUCCUCCUGUGCCGAAAAAGGAGGAACCUCCAGCGUUGCCUCCGAAAGACGUCAAAAUGACUCCACCACCGAUUCCAGCCAAACAACCUACACCUAUCGAACCUCUGGAACCAUUUCCAUUCAAGCCUUCUCCUUCAUCUGCACCGAUGAAGAAGGUGCCUCCCCCACCAACUCCUACGAAAUUCGUCAAAGGAAGUUUCACCCAGGAAAGCGACUACGAAUCGGACAUGGACGGUCACAUGAAAGCAAAAUGGAGGCCGUACGAGAGUGACAGCGAGGAGCCACGUUACAGAAGAGUUCAAGCUCCAGUGCCUAAGCCAAGCAGACCUAGAUCGACCGAGCCUGAACCACUUCCUCCCUCUAAAUUCGAGGUGCCACCAUCGACUGUAGGUCCACCUAGACCGGUGAUCACCAAGGAGCAACAGGAAAAAGUGUGCAAGAAGACUAUCGCCACCACUGUCAAGAGGCAAGAGAGAGAGAUAAAACAGCAGCAACAAAAGUUCCAAGUGGGUCAACCGCCUGCUAUCGAAUUGAAACCAGGCUCUCCACCUAUCUACGUCCAACCAGUGAAGAGUCCAACUCCAAAGAGUCCACCUGUGAAAAAGCCAGAAUCUCCUAAAUUCAAGGUGAAAACGUUCCAACAGGAAAGUGGUUACAUGGCAGACACGGAUGAGCCUUUCCAACAGAAGUCAUCGAUUCAAUCAGUGCAGAAAAGUUUUGGCAAACACGAAUCUUCAUCAUCCAUGACCUCGCACACGGAAUCUCGCACAUCGUAUUCGGAAAGUCGAUCGGAAUAUUUCGAGAGCAAAAGUUACGACAGCCGACAACAGCAACAACAGAAGAAAGAAUCGUUCAUCGCGCCACCCGCUCCCUUGAUUACGAAACAACCCGUACAACCACCGGUUCAACAACAACGUAGUUCGUUCGUUGAGAAGAGCUACAUAUCUUCCACGUCUCCAUCGAGAUUCAGUUCCACGAAGGAAACUAUUUAUACCACGGAUCAAUCGCACAAGAAGUUAGAGACAACGAAAAAAAUUCUGCCGCCCUCUCCGAGUCCUUCCAAAUUCGUGAAGGGCGAAUUUCGCGAAAGCGACUACGAGAGCGACUACGACGGCAGAAUACCACCCCUUUGGAAACCGCGAGGCUAUGAAAGCGACGACCAAUCUUUCAGAUCCGUGAAACCGAAUCUCGCUGGUCCAGGAAAGCCCAAGGAGCCUCGAGCGCCAUUCAUCGAGGAGCUCGAGAAGAAGAAGGAGGACAGGGUCGCAACCCCGACCAAACCGAAAACAGUUCUUCUUCCCGGCUCUCCGCCGGAGAUAGCCUAUGCACCCCCUCAACCGACCUACUACGAGGCUCGAUCGGGCAUACCUUUCCACAACGCGAUCGGUACAGAGACGAAGAAGACAGUGAGGAUGGACGAGUCGACCGAGAACAGCAGAAGGAUCGUCACUGUCGAGCAAACGAGUCGGGUGAUCAAGUUCGGCGAUCAGAAACCCACCGCCACCGACUUCACAGGCUUCGAGGGCUCCGAUCAGAGGCAGAAGGCGGCGUUCAAGGUGCCGACCCCGAAGAAGUUCGUUCAAGGUCAGUUCAGGGAAUCGGAUUACGAGAGCGACAUCGACACGAGGAUCAGGGCGAAAUGGGCUCCGCCCGAGAGCGACACCGAGGAGCCAAGGUACAGGAAGGUCCAAGCGCCCACGACGAAAGCGCCAAGGUCGGCCAGCGCCCCUGUCAGACAGGAACACGUGGUGUCCCCGUUGGAGUUUGACACCGGGCCACCCGUGUUGAAGAGGCAGACCUCGAUGACCCAACUUCGGGACGAGGGCAGGGCAACUCAGGUGAAGAGGGAUGUUUGCUCGGGGCAGGAGGAAGUGCUGAAGCCCGGCUCGCCUCCCGAAUUCGGUUUUAUCUCGAGGAGCGAUGUGAAGAAAGCGGCUACUCACGUCGCGUCGCGACACAUGAGCGACAUGACAACCAGCUUCAAGUCGAAAACCGAGAAAUUCGUCAGCGACAUCCAGUCAGAUCUGAAGCAAGGCAAGCCGAUCCUGAAACAUCCGGCCGACAGUCGAGCAAGCGAUGGCGACGAGCCCAGAACUUACAGAGAGGAGUCUCGACACUCGGAACAUGGAACGAAGCACAUCGAUCCAGACACCGGCCUCAUAUACUUCAAGUACGACUUCGGCUACGAGUUCGGGAUUGUGCUCCCCGGCGAGGGCAAGAGAACAGUGACCAGCACGAACAGGACCAUCCAAGGUCAACGACGAGCAAGCGACAUCGAGGUGCCCAUCGUCCACGAGUUCACCACAACCAGAAGGGAGAACGGUUUCGCGAAGAGGAGCAGCUCGACGUCAUCCUCGACGCGUCAGGGCAAACCGACCGGGAAAUUCGGCACUUCAAAGACCGUGAAAUGGGAGCCGACAUCCGAGAGCGAGUUCUCCGAGGCGGAGGACGUGAGAAACGCGAGAAAGAGGCAGCAAGAUGGCGGUAGCGCAAUGGCGCCACCUAGCCUCGUUAUACCCUGUUCACCAUCGCCGUCCAGAUGGGACCACACGACGCCCAGUCCACUUUCCCUGAGCCCAAGCUUACCAAGUCUCUCCCCCAGAUACAGUAGUGCCACGGGACCACCUAGCAACGUCGAUUCCGCAGGAUCACCGUGGCCAACCACUAAUGGAGUGGCCUCGAGCAAAGAAGUGAUUCAGCCUUACCUAGAAAUACUACCGAAAAAGGCACCCCUUUUCAUCACGCCUUUAAAAGAUAUAGCGGUGGUGAGCGGACAAACAGCAAGAUUCGAGUGCAUCGUUCAAGCUGAACCUCAGCCCAACAUCCUUUGGUCCAAGGACGGGAGGAUUAUUGAGAAUUCUUCGUGCUACGAGAUCCAUUAUCGAAAUGGCGUUUGUCGUCUGACCAUAGUGCGAGCUUUUCCUGAGGAUGCUGGCACUUACGCGUGCACCGCAACGAAUAGCUUAGGUUCGACAGUAACUUCUGCCACUUUGCAGGUGCCAGGAGUACCUUCGCCAUUUUAUGGAACGUACAGGGACCAAAACAUCAACGAGAGGGCUAUGGAGAGCCCGCCCAGGUACGUGGCUCUCAAAGACCUAUUUCUUCCGCAAGAGAACGACGUGAAAUCGAUACCUGCGGAUCGUCAACAUUCUACGCGACACGAUUACUCGGUCCCGUGGAAUUUGAACGCGGAUCCCAGUUGCGCAGGUGGCGGCUAUCGCGAGAGGCGAAUUACGACGGAAGAAUGCGAGGAGAUAACGGAUCGAAAUACGAUAGCGCGGCGACUCGGGUAUUCCGAUUUCGAGGCGAACGAUUCGUUUCGCGAUGAUUUCUGCUUCGAUCGCGAGUAUUGCCGCUCCGCGAGGCCGAGGACGGAGGACGGAGUUCAAGGGGAGAUUGUGAUGCAGACGACGCCCACCGUACCAACAUUUACCGGCAGACCAGGCGAUCCAUCGCCGCCGGUCUUCGAACAGAUAUUCAAAAACGCCAGAUUCGCGCAGGGUGGAAACGCAAUUUUCGAAGGCCGCGUGAGAGGAAAUCCAAAACCUAUCGUCUGUUGGACGCACAAGGGUGCACCGUUGUUGGAGUCAUGGAAGAUUCACAUGUCUUACGACGAGAAGACCGGGGCCGUCACGCUUCAAAUCAACCAGAUUGGCCCUGGAGACGAGGGUGAAUACACGUGCAGUGCCAAAAAUCAAUACGGCGAAGCAAUCUGCUCCGUUUACAUUCAACCAGAAGGAUUUGGACCUCCUCCGCAACAGCAAAUGGGUGGUUACAGGAAGGAAUUCGCGCAGACUUUCCAAUCCACCGAACAGAAGACCCAAACGGGAACACAGAGCUUUCAACAACGUAGCUAUCAACAAACAAUCGAUAAACGAAGCUACGUUAAUGGAACUUCCGUCAGCAUCGAAGAUUUCAAGGUGGACACGUUCGAAUACAGAUUAUUGCGGGAAACAGAGUUUCGAGAGUCGAUCACUCGCCGCUUCGUGGGCGAAUCCGACGUGCAAAUUUCGACGGUGGUAGAUCGUAACCUGGGACCGGUUGCACCUCCGCAAAUCACGCAGAAGCCCAGAAACUCGAAGCUCGUCGAGGGAUCCGACGCCGUUUUCACUGCGAAAAUCUCUGGCAAUCCUAAACCGAGAUUAACUUGGUUCAAAAACGGCCAGAGGAUCCGCGAAUCGCAACGCGUGGAGAUGAGCUAUUCGAAUCAACAAGCCUCUUUGAGGAUCAGAGUCGCCCUGCCUGAAGACAGUGGCCAUUACACCUUGCUCUCGGAAAAUCCUCAAGGGUGCACCGUCAGUUCUGCAUAUUUGGCUAUCGAAUCGAGCGAUCAGGUGGAUCAAGCUUAUCAGGCCCAAAGAGAGACGAUCAAAACUCAGCAAGUUGAAACGAUCGGCGAAACCGAUUCUGGAAAAGUUCUGCCGCCGAAUUUCGUUCGCACCUGUACCGACCGUGACGCCACCGAAGGAAAAAUGACCAGGUUUGAUUGUCGAGUAACGGGCCGCCCGUACCCCGAAGUGACAUGGUACAUAAACGGCCAACAAGUGGCCAAUGAUCUGACCCACAAGAUCCUCGUGAACGAGUCUGGUAACAACUCUUUGAUGAUCACGAAUGUGAGCCGAGCGGACGCCGGAGUCGUGACCUGCGUCGCAAGGAACAAGGCUGGCGAAACCUCGUUUCAGUGCAAUUUGAACGUGAUCGAGAAGGAGCAAGUGGUCGCGCCAAAAUUCGUGGAACGAUUCACGACCACGAACGUGAAAGAAGGAGAACCGGUUGUUUUCAUGGCCCGUGCGGUUGGCACUCCUGUACCUCGUAUCACCUGGCAAAAGGAUGGAGUGCCGAUUACACCUGGACCGGAUGUGCGUAUAUCAACGGAUGGCAGCGGAGCUUCGACUUUGGAUAUACCUUACGCAAAAUUAUCGGAUGCAGCUUGGUACCAGUGCACGGCGCAGAAUGUGGCCGGCUCUACUGCGACCAGAGCGCGGCUUUUCGUGGAAACACCGAAAGGAGCAGCCCCCGAACCAAGACGCCUGAACUUACCCCGACCGACGAAAGUCAUCGAACCAGAACCAGCGCCUGGCCCCGAAGUGAUUUAUUUGAGACACGUGGAACGCGCCAAGCCAUACUUGCCUCCACCCGAGGAGGACAGAAUUUAUCCACCGCCGCGUUUCAUCAUACCAUUGAAGGACGUCCAUCAGAUCGAGGGUGGACGAAUCCACUUCGAGGCCAGAAUCGAACCGGUGGGUGAUCCCACUAUGAGGGUAGAGUGGUACGUCAAUGGAAGAGCUCUUGACGCGAGUUCCCGGGCGACUUCUAUCUUUCGAUUUGGCUUCAUCUCUCUCGACUUAAUUAGCAUCGUUCUCCAAGACAGCGGCGAAUAUUUAUGCCGCGUCGUAAGUUCGACUGGAGUCGCUGAAUCUCGAGCUACCCUCAGCGUGACACCACGCGCAACAAUCGAACAGACUAGCCAACACCCCGACAGUCUCCAGUACAUCCAACAGCUCGAGGAUUACAGCAAGUAUCAAAGGCAGGAGAGUGUGGAGGACAUCUCUCCACAGCGGCCGGUCUUCAUCCGGCCACUCCAGGAUCUAGGAGAGUUGCAGGAAGGUCGUAACGCUCAUUUCGAAGCGCAACUGACCCCUGUAAGCGAUCCCACGAUGAAAGUGGAGUGGUUCAAGGAUGGUAGACCGAUCACAGCUAGCUCAAGAAUCACAACCAUCUUCAACUUCGGAUACGUCUCGCUCAAUAUAUUGCACCUACGAGCUGAAGAUGCGGGUUCUUACACUGUCAGAGCUGUGAACCGCUUGGGAGAGGCUGUCAGCUCCGCAUCUCUUCGUGUCUUUGCACGCACAAGCGUUACAACAGAUCUGGGAAUCCCCGAGCAACAGAGGUACAUCGAGGCUGCCGAGGAGUUGGAAGCCUAUCAACAGGCUAUGCACCAGAAAUACGUGCAGGAGCAGCCUGAACCGACAAGCCCACCGGAAUUCAAAUCUCCUAUCAAGGAUCAGAACAGCAUACGAGAAGGAGGAUUCGCUCAUUUCGAAGCACGUCUGGAACCAGUUGGCGAUUCCGACUUGAGAGUCGAGUGGCUCAAGGACGGACGCCCUGUAGAAGCGAGUUCAAGGAUCACGACAUUCUUCAACUUCGGUUACGUAGCACUUACCAUCAAAUACGUAACGAUUCACGACGUCGGUAUUUACACGUGUCGCGCUUACAACCGCGUCGGUGAAGCACACACAACCGCCCAGUUGAGCGUGAUAAGCAAGAACGAUGUUAUUUACGACAGUCAACAUCCGACUGGAUUGCAGAAGAUCCAAACGUUGGAAGAUUCGAGCAGAUAUUCGCGGCAGCUCCAAGAGGAGACGCAAGUGACACAGGCGCCGCGAUUCUUGGGCACCCUGAAGGGCACGAACAAGAUCGUCGAGGGGCAACGCGCCCACUUCGAGGCCCGCGUCGAACCUCAGAGCGACUUGACCAUGGCCAUCGAAUGGUACCACAACGGAAAACCGAUCACCGCGGCCAAUAGAAUUCAAACUUAUCACGAUUUUGGAUACGUGGCUAUAGAUAUUCUUCAAGUGAGAUCAGAGGACGCUGGCACUUACACUGUCGUCGCUAGAAACUCUCUUGGAGAGGCUCGAUUAUCGGCCACCAUGGUUGUAGAAACUCGUUCAAGCGUCGAUACGAGCAGCAUGCACCGCACUUCCUACGAGAAAACGCAACGUUUGGAGGAGUCGAAAUUCGUCGAGCCCCAAUAUCACAUCGAGGAGAUAUCGAAAUCGAAGCCGAUUUUCGUCCAACCGUUGAGCGAUCCUAAGCCGGUGAGCGAGGGAAAGAACAUCCAUUUGGAGUGCCGUUUGGAACCGAUGGGCGAUCCAACAAUGAGGGUCGAAUGGUUCCAAAAUGGCCGCCCGGUCACCGUUGGCUCCAGAUUCAGGACUUACUACGACUUCGGUUUCGUCGCUUUGGACAUCGUGCAUUCGACAGUGCUCGACUCUGGGGAAUACACCGUCAGAGCCACCAAUCAUCUUGGCACCGCUCACACUUCCGCCUGCGUCAGAGUGAUAGGAAAGUCAGACGUCGUCACGGAAACGCAGCACGAACAGUCCCUCGAGCAGAUUCAAAUGCUCGAGGAUUCGUCAAGAUAUCGCAAGACCCAACAAGAAGAAGUGACGGUGAUGCAGGCACCCCAAUUCACUCGCCCCCUGCACAACAUCGAAACGGUGGAGCUCACCAACGUGCAUCUCGAGUGUCGUCUCCAACCUGUCGGCGACUCGACAAUGAGAGUGGAAUGGUUCGUGAAUGGGAGGCCGGUGAAGACGGGCCACAGAUUCAGACCGUCCUACGAAUUCGACUACGUCGCCCUCGACAUCCUGGGCGUCUAUCCGGAAGAUUCAGGCGUGUACACCUGCCAAGCGAGGAACCAAUUGGGGGAGGCAGUCACAUCCUGUUCAGUGAGAGUACACGCGAAGAAAGAUUUGCUCUUGGAGUCCCAACAUCCCGAGGGUUUGGAGAGAAUACAAUACUUGGAGGAUGCUUCCAGAUACAAGAGGCAGGAGAUGGUCGACGAGGUUGUCACCGUUAAACCGAGAUUCAUCACGGCUCCGAAAAGUCAAGAGAAUCUCCGCGAAGGGGAACACGCCCACUUCGAGUGCAAAUUGGAACCAGUGACGGACUCGAAUUUGAAAGUUGAAUGGUUUAAAAAUGGUCGUCCGGUUACGAUAGGACACCGAUUCCGUCCAAUACACGAUUUCGGCUACGUUGCUCUGGACGUGAUUGACCUGAUCGCCGAGGACUCGGGCACCUACACUUGUCGCGCUGUCAAUCUGGUCGGCAGCGACGAAGUAUCCUGCACUCUAACCUGUCGAUCAACUGCACAGGUUCUAACCGAUUCGAAAAACGAGAUUGGCCUCGAGCAAAUUCAUUAUCUUGAGGACAGAUCCAGAUAUCAACGACGAGAGGACGUUGAAGAGACGACCACCCAAGCCCCUAUCUUCACCACUUCUUUGAACAACGUCGAGAUCAAGGAAGGGCAAAGGGCGCAUUUCGAGUGCAGGUUGAUUCCGGUUUCCGACGCAACGAUGAAAGUCGAAUGGUUCCACAACAAUAAACCGGUCAAGGCCGGCUCCAGAUUCGUCGAGACAAAUAGCUUUGGCUUCGUGGCGUUGGAUAUCAUGUACGCCUAUCCUGAAGAUUCCGGCACGUACACCUGCAGAGCAAAGAAUAUUAUAGGAGAGGCUAUCACGUCGGCAAGCGCAGUUGUACACUCGAAAAAAUCAAUCUACACCGAGUCCCAAAACGAGGAGACUCUUCAAAGACUGCAUUAUUUGGAGGAUACCUCGCGAUACCAACGCAAAACCACAACUGAAGAGAUCAUUACUCAAGCUCCAGUAUUCACGAUGCCCAUCAAGGACCUGAAAGUUGCUGAAAAUCAAGCGGCUCAUUUCGAGGCUCGUGUAAUCCCUGUCGGUGAUUCCAAGCUGAAAGUAGAAUGGCUUCGAAAUGGAGUUCCGAUUGCAGCUUCUAAUCGUGUAACAACGAUGCACGAUUUCGGAUACGUCGCUUUGAACAUGAAGUACGUUAAUCCUGAAGACUCAGGUACUUAUACUUGCCGUGCAGUGAACGAUCUUGGAGAGGCAGUAACAUCAGCAACGCUCUUCGUUCAAUCCAAGGCGGCCCUGCAAUUCGAGUCGCAGCACGAGAGCGCUUUGUCGAAGAUCCAGGCGCUGGAGGACACAAGUAAAUACCAACGGCGGGAGGAAGAGGAGAUCGUGGUUAAGGAGAGGCCAUCGUUCACGGUCCAACUGAACGGGCCCACCGCUCUUGUCGAGGGUCAAAGUGCACAUUAUGAGUGCCGCAUCGAGCCCUACCCCGACCCAACCAUGAAGGUGGAAUGGUUCCAUAACGGGAAACCAUUGUCCACCGGUCACAGGUACAGAACCACUUGUGACUUUGGGUUCGCCGCGUUGGACGUGCUCACGGUAUACGCGGAGGAUUCUGGCACCUACACCUGCCAGGCAACCAAUAGACUGGGAUCGGCGAAGAGCUCGAUCAAUCUCGAUGUGAAAUCUCGCUCCUCGAUUAUUCGCGAAACGCAACACGAAAGCGCCUUGAAGAAAAUACAAUACCUUGAAGACGACUCGCGUUACAAACGGGUAGAAGAAGAGGAUCUGAUCGUCGCCGAGAGACCGAAAUUCGGACGGCCAUUGAAGAACAUAGAACAUUUGCCCGAGGGGAAGAGCGCUCACCUCGAGGCAACGCUGACGCCUGUCAAUGAUCCAACUAUGGUGGUGGAAUGGUUUAGGGAUGGGAGACCUAUUCCUCAAGGACACAAGUUCAAGACUACAUAUGACUUUGGAUACGUCGCUCUCGAUAUUCUUUACGCUUAUCCGGAAGAUUCUGGAACUUACAUGUGCAAGGCAAGAAACGCUGUUGGGGAGGCUGUUACCACUUGCGUCAUCAGCGUCGAUUCGAAACAAGGCCUAUAUUUGGACACGCUUGACGCUCAGCGUUUACAGAAGAUUCGCGAGUUAGAAACCGUGGAGGUGAAGCAAGAAGUUGAGAAAGAGGUUGUACACCAAAAACCUGUGUUCUUGACACCAUUGAACAAUCUGGAUCAUCUAAAGGAGGGUGAACACGCUCAUUUGGAAUGCCGCGUCGAGCCUAUCAACGAUCCAAAUCUAAAAAUAGAAUGGUUCGUGAAUGGAGUUGCUGUAAAGACAGGACAUCGCUUUCGCAAAACACACGAUUUUGGUUAUGUGGCUCUCGAUAUUCUUUACACUUAUCCUGAAGAUGCCGGCACUUAUAUGUGCAAGGCCACAAAUUUGGCUGGCGAGGCUGUUAACACAUGCACCAUCAAAAUUGGCUCUCGCCGUAGCAUACUUCUAGAUACGCAACAUCCAGAUGGCCUUGAAAAGAUUCGUGAACUCGAGGCCCAAGGUCGUCCAGCCCGUUUAGAGGUCGAAGAACCUCCAGUGACGCCACCGAGAUUUGUUACAGAACUCAGAGGUACCACUGAAGUCUACGAAGGACAAACAGCCCAUUUCGAGUGCCAAGUUGAACCUCUUCACGAUGCCAACUUGAGAAUUGAGUUCUUCCACAAUGGCAAGCCGCUUCCAUCAGCUUCCAGGUUCCACGUGACGUUUGAUUUCGGAUACGUGGCUCUGGAUAUCGGCCAUGCUGUCCCUGAAGAUGCAGGAGAAUACUCCGUACGAGCGAUCAAUGCUCUAGGCCAAUGCGUAUCCUCGAUCGAGCUGAGGGUAAUUCCAAGAGAUAAUAUUAUUCUCGACUCGCAACGGCCCGAAGGAAUGGACAAGAUCCGCGAAUUGGAAGCUCAGCAACCUUGGAAAAGACCAGAAGUGCCAGAACCGCAAACCAGGCAGAGACCUGUGUUCACUCAACCGUUGCAGAACAUCGAUGCCAUUCCCGAAGGACAUACAGCUCACUUCGAAUGCAGAUUGAUUCCUGUUGGAGAUCCCACAUUGAAGGUUGAAUGGUUCAGAAAUGAAAUUCCUCUUGAGACAAGUUCACGAAUAACCAAAGUUCACGAUUUCGGAUACGUGUCGUUGGAUAUUACUCAUGUUAGAGAGGAAGAUGAAGGUGUCUACAUGUGUCGUGCUACCAAUCCACUUGGUGAAGCAGUUACAACUGCUUCGAUGAAGAUCAGAAGUAAAGCAAGUAUUCAAUUAGAUACCCAACAUCCCGAAGCGCAACGUAAGAUCGCCCAACUUGAAGCCGACAAAGGACCGAGUCGCACUGAAGAGCCAGAAAAAGUAUUCGACAAACCCAUCUUCACGCAAUUAUUGACUGGACCCACAGAAUUGUGGGAAGGUCAAACGGCUAGAUAUGAAUGCAGAGUCGUUCCAGUUGGUGAUGCCAGUUUAAGAUUCGAGUGGUACAUAAAUGGUGUCGAACUAAAAAUGGGAUCUCGGUUCCACGUAAGCCACGAUUUCGGCUACGUAACCUUAGAUAUUCUAAAAGUAAUCACGGAGGAUUCAGGUGUGUACACCUGCAAAGCGAUUAACAAAGCCGGUGAAGCGGUUUCCUCGAUAUCCUUGAAAGUGAAAGCGCGCUCGGCCAUCGAUGCUGAAAGUUUGCAACCAGAUGCGUGGCAAAAGAUCCAACUGAAAGAGGCAGAGAUGAACAAAGUGCCGGAAAUGUUCGUGGACACGACGCCUCAACAAGCACCAGUAUUCACCAAACAUCUAGAAAGCUACGAUAAACUCGUGGAGGGUCAACAUGUAUACUUAGAGGCUCAGGUAGAACCAAGAGCAGAUCCAAAUCUGCGCGUAGAAUGGUUCAAAAACGGGAUUGCUCUUCAAACUGGAACCAGACUUCGCAGUACCUUCGACUUUGGUCUCGUCACGUUAUCCAUCAAUGGCCUCAGAUCCGACGAUUCCGCCAUCUACACUUGUAAAGCCACCAAUCUUCUCGGUGAAGCUGUGUCCACCUGCAGCCUGAAGAUCGUCGAUCGCCAUUGGUUGCUUGGAGAUACUCUUCAUCCUGAUGCACUUCCAAAGAUUGAUGCUUUGGAACAACCUCAUGUCACCACAGUAGAGCAACCAGAGCCAAUAUACGAAGUUCCAGUAUUCAUCACUCAUUUAAACAACGUCGAAUGCGUGGAAGGUGACAAUGCGCACUUCGAGUGUAACGUGGAACCGUCCAAAGAUCCAACGAUGAAGAUCGAAUGGUUCAUCAAUGGAAAACCGCUUCCAACUGGAGCAAGAUUCAAAUCGACUUAUGAUUUUGGAUAUGUAGCUUUGGACCUUACCCACGCUUACGAGGAGGACUCGGGAGUGGUGAUCGUCAAGGCUACGAAUUCGAAGGGAUCGGCUCAAACAUCAGGCACUUUGAAAUGCACUAGCAAGCAGAGCAUCUAUCUACAGACUCAGCAUCCCCAAGGAGAGGCUGGACUGGAGAAGGUGAAAGAAGUGGAAGACGCUUAUCUGUCCAAAUUGAAAAGACCGGAUGCUGGACCGGAACAAGAAUAUCCGAAACCUGUGUGGACAGUGCCUCUGCAGCCGGAGUUCAAACUGGGCGAAUCUGAACCUCUUCAUCUGGAAGGUCAAGUUGAGCCCAAGGAUGAUCCAAAUUUGAAGAUCGAGUGGUAUUUCAAUGGAAAGGCUCUGGAGCAUGGGUCCAGAUUCAAGAUGACCAGUGACUUUGGUUUCGUUACAUUGGAUUUGACCGAUGUAUACGACCGUGAUUCUGGAAUUUACACCUGCAAGGCCUACAAUAAAGCGGGAGAGGCCUUCACUUCGACCACGAUCUAUUGCUCGACUAAGGAGAACAUCAUUGAGAAAUCCCAACAUCCAAAAGGCAAGGAAGGUCUCGAAGCCAUUCAAGAUUUAGAAGAAUCAUUGAAACGACAAGAAGGAGCUCCACCGGAGAGCGAGGAAGGUCAUCCACCUGUGUUCACAUCUCAAUUCGAGAACCUGACCAAUCUAUCUGAAGGGGAGAUAGCUCACUUCGAGGCAUCUCUUACGCCAACUGGUGAUCAAACAAUGGUAGUCGAGUGGUUCUACAAUGGAAAAUCAUUAGAGGCCAGUCAUCGCACGAGAACGGUUUACGCCUUUGGCAUGGUCGUUCUUGAAGUUCUUGGAACCAAGAUAGAGGACUCUGGCACCUACUCCUGCAGGGCUACCAACAAAUGGGGCCAGGCUGAGAUCAGCGUGCAAUUGGAAUGCGUGGACAAAUCUAAAGGACAGAAACCAAAAUUCACUACCCAUAUUCAGUCUCUGGAGGGUUUGAAGGAUGGUCAAUCGGCGCACUUUGAGUGCACUCUGAUCCCAGUCGGAGAUCCUCAUAUGAAGGUCGAAUGGUUCCACAACGGACAACCUCUGAGACACUCAUCCAGGUUCAAGAUGGUGUCCGACUUUGGAUUCGUCGUGAUGGACAUUGCUGGCGUGAUGGCUCACGACACUGGAGAGUACGUGUGCAAGGCAAGCAACAAAUUCGGCGAAGAUUAUACCAAAGCUACGUUGAAAUGCUUUGGAAAGAGCGGAGUGUACCUCGACUCAUUGCAACCCGAUUCUUUAGCCAGAAUCAGGGAAUUGGAGAGUUACGGUGGUGAACAACCUACCACGCCAACGACACCAGUGGCAGAACCACCUAAAUUCAUCACGCAAAUCUCUGAUAUUACGAAAUUAGUCGAAGGACAAUCCGCUCACUUCGAGGCCAGACUUACACCCGUCAAUGACCCAGACUUGAAAGUCGAAUGGUACUACAAUGGAAAGAAACUGCCUCAUGGACAUAGAUAUAGAACCUUCCACGAUUUUGGUAUCGUUAUCUUGGAUAUAUUGUAUUGUUACGAGGAAAAUUCUGGAGUCUACGAAUGUAGAGCUUUCAACAAAUACGGCGAGGACACGACUAAGGCAACUUUGAAAUGUUACUCCAAGUCAAGUCUCAUUUUGGAAUCUCAACUUCCCAAGGGAAUGGAAGGCGGAUUGGAGAAGAUCCAGACUUUGGAGGAUUCGAUGAUUCGUACAAGAGACGAAAAAGUCGUCGAGGAAAGAGGAAAGGCUCCUGUCUUCACCGUACCCUUGAGCAAUAUCGAUGGCCUUCGCGAGGGAGAGAGCGCGCACUUUGAAGCUAGACUUACACCCACUGACGAUCCAAAACUAAAGGUCGAAUGGUUCUGGAACGGUAAACCGCUACGAACAGGUACUCGUUUCCGCACCUUCUGCGACUUCGGCUUCGUGAUCCUCGAAAUCUCGCCCAUCUAUCCAGAGGACUCUGGCGAGUACAGUUGCCGAGCAACAAACGAUUACGGCGAAGCAGUGACCACCUGUACCAUGAAAUGCACAGGGAAACGAAGCAUUAUCCUCGAAUCCCAAUUGCCAAAAGGAAUGGAGGGCACCAUCGACAAGAUAGCUGAGCUAGAAGGUCUUGGAAACGAACCAGGCGAAGUGAUCCCAGACGACGAUACGGGGAAACCACCGGAAUUCAUCACAACUCCGUCCGACUUAACGCUAACUGAGAAUUCCUUGGCGCAUUUCGAGUGUAGAUUGACACCCAUCAACGACUCUAGCAUGAGGGUGGAAUGGUUCCACAAUGGAAAACCUCUUCUAGCUGGAACCAGGAUCAAGACUAUCCACGACUUUGGUUUCGUCAUCCUAGAAGUGGCCAAUUGUUACCAACGCGAUUCAGGCCUGUACACGUGCAAAGCGACCAACCGCCAUGGCGAAGCAACGGUGUCGUGCAAACUUCAAGUCCGUGGACGACAAGGAAUCAUCUUGGAACCCCAGCUGCCUACCAAUUUCAAGACCGGAACAGAGAGUAUCCAAAAGUUGGAAGAGGCUUUGUACAAGAAGGAUGAGAUAUUGACCGAAGAAGAGACGCCCAAUCCUCCCAAGUUUACUGUCGAAUUAAAGGAUAUCGAGGUAGAAGAAGGCGCACCCAGUCAUUUCGAUUGCAGAGUCGAACCUGUCGGCGAUUCUACGAUGCGCAUCGAUUGGUUCCACAAUGGAAGAUCAUUUGCUACUGGAUCUCGCGUCCACCAGAUAAACGACUUUGGUUUUAUCUCGUUAGAUAUGUCGUAUACUUAUGCCAGGGACAGCGGCGAAUAUAUUUGCAGAGCUACCAAUAAGUGGGGUUCUGCUACUACUAAAGCUACCAUAACUUGUAAAUCUAAGAAAACCAUAGAUUUCGACUCGCAGCUGCCUUCAGGCAUGAGUGGCGAGAAACUGAAGGAACUAGAACGUGGUCCAGUCAGCGAACCACCGCCUGCUGAAGAACCACCACGUCAACCACCGAAAUUCAUCACGCAUAUUCAAUCAGCAACAGUGGACGAAUCGGAAGCGGUCAGGUUCGAGUGUCGCGUGGAACCGAAGGACGAUCCGAAUCUGCGUAUCGAAUGGUACAGAAAUGGAAAAUUGAUCCCAGCUGGACACAGAUACAGAACGAUGUAUGACAUGGGAUUCGUGUCUAUGGAUAUCUUAUAUGUUUAUCCUGAAGACUCAGGAGAAUAUGUGUGCAAAGCUAUCAAUGAUCUCGGAGAAGACACCACUAGGGCAUCAGUAUCGUGCAAAAAGUUGCCCAACAUCAUUCUACAGAACCAAGUGCCAAAAGGUAUGAAAAAGUCGGAAGCGUUGAUGCAGAUGGAAGCAACUAUCAAGAAAUACACCUCAGAAGUCCAUCUUACGGAGGAUGAUCUUUAUGACGCGGACAAGAAACAACCGCCUCGUUUCGUCACCCAGAUCCAAGAUCAAACCGAGCUGGUCGAGAUGAACAGCACUAAAUUCGAAUGUCAAUUGGCUCCUGUUGGCGAUCCAAACAUGAAAGUCGAAUGGUUCUUCAAUGGCAAACCUUUACCGCACAAGAACAGAUUUACCCCUAUUUACGACUUUGGUUAUGUGGCCAUGAACUUCGGCUGGGUCUAUCCUGAAGACAGCGGCGAAUACCUUUGCAGGGCCACGAAUCUUUAUGGAAUGGACGAGACACGGGCGGUGAUUCGAACGGCUGGCAAGCCUGGAAUUAUUUACGAGUCCCAAUUACCGAAGGGCAUGAAGAGUAUCGAAAAGAUCAGAGAAAUGGAAGCUGCAUGGCAAAUAGUACCUGAGGAAGAAGGUGAAGAAGAGAAGGUGAGGGCGCCCCCAACAUUUGUGAGCAAACCAGAACCAGUAACCGUCGAAGAGGGCGAUUGGUCCAGAUUCUGCUGUCGUGUCACUGGUCAUCCAAGACCCCGUGUCAUGUGGAUCAUCAAUGGACAUACUGUGGUCAAUGGAUCACGUUAUAAACUGACUUAUGACGGCAUGUACCACCUGGACAUCCCGAAAACGAGGCAAUACGAUCACGGAAAAGUGGAAGUGAUCGCGAGAAGCUCAGUAGGCGAGGCACGUACUGAAACCACAUUGACAGUGAAACCACGAAGCGACGAUUAUCGUGGCGUGUUGAAGAACUCGCCAAGACCUUGGUAUGAUUACGGGCUGACCCAAUACCAAACGGAGCGACAGAACACAGAGCUCGAGAGAGUUUUCGACGAGAGGCAUCACAAUAUCUCUCAGGGCAUCGAGAUCGCCACCGAACACCUUGGACAGAAGGUCUACAAGGAACCAGAGACCGAAUGGCAAAAGUCUGUGAAGAGUAAGAAAAACGAGGACUAUUACAACAAACUGAUGACCCUCGAGGAGGAGCAAGUCUUAAAGGAGAGUAGAUUGAGAGAAUCCAGCCACCAGUUCGCCAUUCCUGGCGAAAAAGUUGUCGCCCAUUCUGUGGCGAAGGGAAUGGCCCAACAAUACGAGGAGACGCUGGAAGACAAGAAGGACGAGAAGAUUCAGGAGACCCAACAGACAACUACGAAAUUCGUGAAGAAGCCACACACGACGGAAGUGGACAUCGAUAUGGAGCGCGUGAAAGGAAGGUAUCCUCCAGAGCCGUCGGAAUCCACAGUGCACGGGCGCGAAGUGCACGUAGCUAAACAAAAGCAGAUCCAGAAAGAGGUCAAAGGAGAUCUGGAGAUCACCAGAAAGAUAACGGCCACGGAAACGACCGAGGUGGAGCACAAAGCGAAAACUCAGGAGCGCAUCGUUCAAGGUCCAACGAAACCUGCCAAACCUCCUGUGUUCACGAAGAAGAUUCAACCUUGCAGAGCGUUUGAGCAGGAACAAGCACGAUUCGAGGUCGAAUUCGACGGUGAUCCAUUGCCGUCCAUCAAAUGGUACCGCGAGGAUUUCCCCAUACAAAAUUCUCCGGAUCUUCAGAUUUACACAUUCAGCACGAAAUCAGUGUUGAUCAUUCGCCAAGUUUUUAUGGAGGAUUCCGGUGUGUUCUCCGUGAUCGCUGAGAAUCGCGGUGGGAAGGCGAAAUGCAGCGCGAAUUUGGUAGUCGAGGAGCGUAGAAGGCAACCGGGCAGAGGUGGAGUGGUGCCACCUAGCUUCCUGUCCACCAUUCAAAGCACCUCCGUCACCACUGGCCAACUGGCUAGAUUUGAUGCCAAAGUGACCGGAACCAAGCCUUUAGAUGUUUAUUGGUUGAAGAACGGCAAGAAAGUGACGGCAGACAUUCGUUACAAGACACUCGAAGAGGACAACACUUACACUCUGUUGAUUCUGGAAACCAUACCAGAAGAUUCAGGCAAAUACGAAUGCGUUGCAAUAAACAGCGCUGGAGAAGCGCGUUGCGAUGCCGACUGCAUGGUCCGUGGCCCUCAAUCUCCCGCCAAAACUGCGAAACCAACGACACCUGGCGUCGAGAAGGCGCCGCAAGUGUUGGAGCCGUUGAAAGAUCAAACUAUCAGAGAGGGUACGUCCGUCGCAUUCGCGUGUAGGAUCACUGGAAAACCAGUACCCACGGUGCAAUGGAAGAAAGGCGACAAGGUUAUCAAACCAUCUAAAUAUUUCCAAAUGCAGAAAGAUGGUGACCUCUGCACUCUGAGGAUUUCUGAGGCAUUCCCUGAAGAUGAGGGAGUUUAUAAAUGCAUUGCCAAAAAUCCAGCUGGUGAUGUCACCACCUCAGCAAACCUCAGAGUUCUUGCCCCUGAUGCAACUGAUGUUCUUCCCAAAUUGUCACCACUGAAAGAUCAAAUAGUGUUUGAAGGACAACCGGCACAAUUCAAGACUCAAGUUACUCCAGCUAAACCAAAGCCAACGAUCCAAUGGUAUCGCGAAGGUGCCCUAAUUCCUCAGUCACCAGAUUUCCAGAUGAUUCACGAAGGUAACAACGCCGUGUUGCUGAUAGCAACCACGUACGAAGAAGACACUGGCACUUUCACCUGCCGGGCUACCACAUCAGCCGGUACCGUAGAAACAUCUGCCAAACUCAUCGUAAAAAAGAGGAAAGGAGCGUAUUACGAGGUUCCUACUGAGACGGGACCAGGUGUAAAAUCAUCGACAAAUUAUGGAAGAGAUAUUAUCCUAGAGCCAUUGACUCUAGACGAGAAUGGAUUGCCACUCGAAAGUUUACCCUUGCAAUCUGGUGAUGAAUCGUUACCUUGGAGAAAGGGACGGGUUCAUCAUCGACCUCGACUUGGCGACGUGACGCCAUGGAGGAAAUCAAAAUCUCGCGACACAUCUUUAGACAAAUUGCAGGCCGUGGAAGGCCAAGUGAAACCUUGGACAGAGGAAGCGGUAGUGUUGAAGAAAACUCCACAAGUGCCUCGUGAAAUGCCGAGGGAAAAAUUGGAGGAAGUCGAGUUGAAACCAACAAAAAUUGAGAAGAAAGAUAUUGCAAGAGCUAGUCUCGAAGCGGUUGAUCUGAAACCUGUUCUUAGAGAAAUGACAAAAGAAAUAAAAACUGAAGAAGAGAAGAUCACUCAACUGGAUAAGACUACGGAAGAAAUUUACGUGGAAGAAGAGGACUCUAGAUUUGUCAAAACCUCGAAAAGAAUAGAUGAAACUGUUCAAAGGAAAAAGGAAGAAGUUAAACCUUGGACCGAAGAGAAGGUUACGUUAAAGAAAUCGAAACUUGAUAGGAAGGAGAUUCCUAGAGAGACUUUAGAGACUGUGGAAUUGAAACCUUCAAAGAUUGUUAAGAAGGAAGUCGAUAAAGCUACUUUGGAAAAGGUGGAUUUGAAAUCUAUUCCUAUAGUGACUGAGAAGAUUACUGAGGAAACGAUUUCGAAGAGUGAAUAUCUUGAACAAGAAGACACAUCGAUGUUAGAUGUGACUAAGAUUGAAGAAGUGAAAAAAUUAAAGAAAGAGAAGAUAGAAGAAAAAAUGGAACAAACGAAACCUUGGACCGAAGAGAAGAUCACUUUGAAAAAAUCUAAACCAGAAAAGAAAGAAAUUGAGAAAAAAACUAUAGAAAUUGUGGAAUUAAAACCAUCGAAGAUUGAAAAAUUACCUGAUCGAAAAUCAAGUUUAGAGAAAGUGGACUUAAAACCUGUUCCAACAGCAGUGACUGAGAAAAUCACCGAGAAAAAAAUCAUUGAAAAAACUAAAUAUUUUGAAGAAGAGGAUACUGCUUUGUUAGAGGUAUCAAAGACUGAAGAACUGAAGAAAAUGAAGAAAGACAAGGUUGAAGAGAAACCGGAAGAGAAGCCUAAACUUUGGACUGAAGAAAAAGUUACAUUGAAGAAGACUAAGCCUGUGAAAAAAGAAGUUGAAAAGGAAACAAUAGAAACAGUUGAAUUGAAACCAUCGAAAAUAACAAAAACUUCAAUUCGAAAAGAAAGUUUAGAAACAGUGGAUCUUAAAACUGUCAAAAAGGAAAGAGAGAAAACGAUGAAAGAAAUCGUGCAAAAGACUGAUUAUAUAGAACAAGAAGACACGACAUUGCUUGAUAUUUCCAAGGAUACGCAAGUGAAGAAAACAAGGAAAGAAUCGAUCUCAGUAGAAAAGGAACAUGCUAAACCUUGGACAGAAGAGAAAAUAACAUUGAAAAAAGCCAAACCUGAAAAGAAAGAAAUAUCAAAAGAAACGUUCGAGACUGUACAAUUAAAACCAUCUAAGCCAGAAAAGGCAGAUAUAGAAAAAUCGAGUCUCGAAGAGAUAGAUUUGAAACCUAUUCCUAAGAAAGAAAUUCCUAAAAAACCUGAAGAAAAAGAGGUGGUUGUUGAAAAAGAUGACACAACUCUUCUUCAGGUCGCCAAGGAUACCGAAACUACUGUCAAGAUCGACAAAAAAGUGAAGAAAAAGGAAGAAACAGAAAGAAAAACUUCGGAAACUAAACCUUGGACUGAAGAAAAAAUAACUUUGAAGAAAGCUAAAGUCGAGCAAAAAGAAGUUCGAAGGGAAAGUUUGGAAGAAGUGAUUUUGAAACCAACUAAAACAGAAAAAAGAGAAAUAAAGAAAGAAACAUUGGAGAAAGUAGAUUUGCAAAAAGUAACUGACAAGACUCAAUUCGUAGAGAAAGAAGAUACAAAAGUCUUGAAAAUAGACAGAGAAGAAAAAAUCGAAGAAGACAAAAUAGAGAAAGUAGCGACUUGGAGAAAAGAAAGGAAACUGAAGGAACCAUAUCACGAGGAAGAGGAUAAAACGAUAUUGGACGUAGAGAAAGAUAUCGAAUUCAUGGAGAAGCAGAAGGAAAUGCCAGUACCUUGGGUCAGAGGCAAGAAGAAGCUCACAGAAAAAGUUCCUUAUCACAAAGAAGAGGAUACUACUCUCCUUGAUAUUGAAAAGACUGAAAAGACGACUGAGAAACAGAUGAAAGAGGAAGUGCCGAUUCCAUGGGCACGAGGAAAGAAAGCAAAGAAAGAAAAAUCAGAUGUUCCACAGAAAGUGGAAGAAAAGCCAGUAGAGGAAGAAGAAAAAUUGGAGACAAUGCAAGUUCCAUGGCUUCGAGAUAAGAAGAUGACAAAGAAAAUACCAGAAAAGAAAGAGGAACUGGCUGAUGAUAUCAAAUCUGUCACAUUGAAACCAGUCAGGCGCGAACAUGUGCCGGAAGAGAAGGAGAAAUUAGAAGAGGUAACAUUGAAGCCUGUCAAACGCAUUCCACGUGAAGAAGAAGAGAAGGAGGAAGUGCAAUUGAAACCCAUUCCGAAACGCAAGUCUGAAGAGAAACCACGUGAAGAAGUGACGUUGAAAUCAUUCCAAAAACCGAAACAGGAAGAAGAGAAAUCGAAGAAACCAGAAUUGAAACCACUCGAGAAAUCUAAACCUGAAGCACCAGAAAAGGAAAAAGUACAGUUAAAACCAUUCCAACGAGAAAAACCGGAAGAAAAACUAACUAUAAUCUCACAAAAACUUCCGGAAAAAACACAAGAAAAAGAAAUAAAGGAAGUUGAAGAAAUAUCAUGGCGCAGGAAACCAAAGAAACCGUCGAUUUCUGAAGAAUCACCUGUUGAAAAAGUAGCAGAAAAAAUUGUGGAGGAAAAAGUAAUCAAAAAAGAAGAAGAAACGAUCGAAGAUUUCAAAUCAAUAGCUUUGAAACCAAUUAAACGAGAGAAAAAACCUGAAGAACGGGAAGAUAAGGAGGAAAUUAUAUUGAAACCAGUGAAACAUAUUAAGAAAGAGGAAGAAAGCACUGAGGAAAUUAAAUUGAAACCGGUAGAGAAACCAGAGAAGAAGAUAGAAGAGAAAGAAGAGAAACCUUUGAAAUUGAUCGAAGAAGAAAAACCAAUUGAAUCAGAAUUGCCUUGGCGACGUGACAAAAAGAAAUCUAUCGAACAAAAAGUUACUGAAAUCCCAAUUGAAGAGAAAAAAGUAGAAGAAGAACAAGUGGAAGUUAGUUGGCGAAAACCACGGGAGAAAGUUAUGAAGGAAGUACAAAAAGAAAAAGUGGAAGAUUUCACAGCAAUUAAAUUGAAACCAGCAAGAAAAGAAAAAAGACCAGAUGAAAAGAUAGAAAAGGAAGAAGUAGUAUUGAAACCGAUUGAGAAAAUACCAAAAGAGGAAGAAAUAAUUGAAGAAGUGACACUUAAAUCAGAAAAAUUGGAGAAACCAGAAACAUUCGAAAAUGGUGAAAUUCUUGAAGAAAAGACUGAAUUGCCAUGGCGACGUGGUAAAAAGAAAUUAGCAAAGGAAGAAGUGAAACUUGAACAAAUACUAAAACUUGAAAAACAAGUAUCUAAAAGUGUCGAAGAACAAAUAAUAUUUAAACAUAAAGAUGAGAAACCUGAGGAAAAAGAAAUAUCAGAGAUUAAAUUAAAACCAGUUAAACACAUAGAAAAACCAAAAGAAGAAAAGCCUGAAGAAGUAAAAUUGAAACCUGUAAAGCGACUUCCAAAGGAAGAAGAGGAAAAAGAAGUGGUAACAUUGAAACCAAUAAAAAAAGAAAAACCAGAAGAGGAAAAACCAGAACUUAAACUGAAACCCGUAAAACAUAUAGAAAAACCAGAAGAAGAGAAACCUGAAGAAGUGAAAUUGAAACCUGUGAAACGUCUUCCUAAGGAAGAAGAGGAAAAAGAAAUGGUAACACUAAAACCAGUAAAGAAAGAAAAGCCGGAAGAAGAGAAACCUGAAGAAGUAAAACUGAAACCAACAAAGAAAGAAAAACCAGAGGAAGAGAAACCCGAGGAAGUGAAAUUGAAACCCGUGAAACGUCUUCCUAAGGAAGAAGAGGAAAAAGAAGUGGUAACACUAAAACCAAUAAAGAAAGAAAAACCGGAAGAAGAGAAACCUGAGGAAGUGAAAUUGAAACCUGUGAAACGUCUUCCUAAGGAAGAAGAGGAAAAAGAAGUGGUAACACUAAAACCAGUAAAGAAAGAAAAGCCAGAAGAAGAGAAACCCGAGGAAGUGAAAUUGAAACCUGUGAAACGUCUUCCUAAGGAAGAAGAGGAAAAAGAAGUGGUAACUUUGAAACCAAUAAAGAAAGAAAAACCAGAGGAAGAGAAACCCGAGGAAGUGAAAUUGAAACCUGUGAAACGUCUUCCUAAGGAAGAAGAGGAAAAAGAAGUGGUAACUCUGAAACCAAUAAAGAAAGAAAAACCAGAGGAAGAGAAACCCGAGGAAGUGAAAUUGAAACCUGUGAAACGUCUUCCUAAGGAAGAAGAGGAAAAAGAAGUGGUAACUCUGAAACCAAUAAAGAAAGAAAAACCAGAGGAAGAAAAACCUGAAGAAGUAAAAUUGAAACCUGUGCAACGUUUGCCAAAAGAAGAAGAAGAAAAAGAGGAAGUAAUUUUGAAACCGAUAAAGAAAGAAAAGCCAGAAGAAGAGAAACCUGAGGAAGUUAAAUUAAAACCAGUCAAACGUCCUGAGAAACCAAAAGAGGAGAAACCGGAAGAAGUGAAAUUAAAACCUGUGAAACAUCUUCCUAAGGAAGAAGAGGAAAAAGAAGUGGUAACUCUGAAACCAAUAAAGAAAGAGAAACCAGAGGAAGAGAAACCUGAAGAAGUGAAAUUGAAACCUGUGAAACGUCUUCCUAAGGAAGAAGAGGAAAAAGAAGUGGUAACUCUGAAACCAAUAAAGAAAGAAAAACCAGAGGAAGAGAAACCCGAGGAAGUGAAAUUAAAACCUGUGAAACGUCUUCCUAAGGAAGAAGAGGAAAAAGAAGUGAUAACACUAAAACCAGUAAAGAAAGAAAAGCCGGAAGAAGAGAAACCCGAGGAAGUGAAAUUGAAACCUGUGAAACGUCUUCCUAAGGAAGAAGAGGAAAAAGAAGUGGUAACACUAAAACCAGUAAAGAAAGAAAAACCGGAAGAAGAGAAACCCGAGGAAGUGAAAUUGAAACCUGUGAAACGUCUUCCUAAGGAAGAAGAGGAAAAAGAAGUGAUAACACUAAAACCAGUAAAGAAAGAAAAGCCGGAAGAAGAGAAACCCGAGGAAGUGAAAUUGAAACCUGUGAAACGUCUUCCUAAGGAAGAAGAGGAAAAAAAAGUGGUAACUCUGAAACCAAUAAAGAAAGAAAAACCAGAGGAAGAGAAACCCGAGGAAGUGAAAUUAAAAUCUGUGAAACGUCUUCCUAAGGAAGAAGAGGAAAAAGAAGUGGUAACUCUGAAACCGAUAAAGAAAGAAAAACCAGAGGAAGAGAAACCCGAGGAAGUGAAAUUAAAACCUGUGAAACGUCUUCCUAAGGAAGAAGAGGAAAAAGAAGUGAUAACACUAAAACCAGUAAAGAAAGAAAAGCCGGAAGAAGAGAAACCCGAGGAAGUGAAAUUGAAACCUGUGAAACGUCUUCCUAAGGAAGAAGAGGAAAAAGAAGUGGUAACUCUGAAACCAAUAAAGAAAGAAAAACCAGAGGAAGAAAAACCUGAAGAAGUAAAAUUGAAACCUGUGCAACGUUUGCCAAAAGAAGAAGAAGAAAAAGAGGAAGUAAUUUUGAAACCGAUAAAGAAAGAAAAGCCAGAAGAAGAGAAACCUGAGGAAGUUAAAUUAAAACCAGUCAAACGUCCUGAGAAACCAAAAGAGGAGAAACCGGAAGAAGUGAAAUUAAAACCUGUGAAACAUCUUCCUAAGGAAGAAGAGGAAAAUGAAGUGGUAACUCUGAAACCAAUAAAGAAAGAGAAACCAGAGGAAGAGAAACCUGAAGAAGUGAAAUUGAAACCUGUGAAACGUCUUCCUAAAGAAGAAGAGGAAAAAGAAGUGGUAACACUAAAACCAGUAAAGAAAGAAAAGCCGACAGAAGAGAAACCUGAAGAAGUAAAACUGAAACCAAUAAAGAAAGAAAAACCGGAAGAAGAGAAACCCGAGGAAGUGAAAUUGAAACCUGUGAAACGUCUUCCUAAGGAAGAAGAGGAAAAAGAAGUGGUAACACUAAAACCAGUAAAGAAAGAAAAGCCAGAAGAAGAGAAACCCGAGGAAGUGAAAUUAAAACCUGUGAAACGUCUUCCUAAGGAAGAAGAGGAAAAAGAAGUGGUAACUCUGAAACCAAUAAAGAAAGAAAAACCAGAGGAAGAGAAACCCGAGGAAGUUAAAUUAAAACCAGUCAAACGUCCUGAGAAACCAAAAGAGGAGAAACCGGAAGAAGUGAAAUUAAAACCAAUUCCAAAGUCUGUUUCUGAAAAAGUUGAAGAGAAACCUGAAGAUGAGGCGGAAAAAAUAUUACCAUGGCGUCGUGGCAAGAAGACGAAAAAGAUCGUUGAUUUCCGAGAAGAAGUCACAGUGGUACCAAUCGAUCAAGAGAAAGUGAUUACAGAGAUACACGACGAAGAGAUAAAGAUUGUGGAACAAAAAGUGGAGGCUAAAAAAAUAGUCCAAGCGGAGAUAAAAGAAUUCAAAGAAGAGAAACCGGAACUUCCGUGGAGAACAACAAAAGAAGUAAAAGAGAUUAUUGAAGAGAAAGUUGUAGUUGAAGAAAUUAAGCCUGAAACGGUACUCAAAGAAGAUGAAGUUAUUGAAGAUGUCACUGAAUCAUCGGAAGUUUCUUGGAGAAAGAGGCGAAAACCAAAGAAACCGGAAAAAGAGAAAGAAGUAGUUGAAUUGAAACCAGUCGAAAAACACGAGGAAUUCGUAGAAAGAAUAGAAGAAAUUGUUCUCAAACCUGUCGAAAAAGAGAAAUUCGAGGAAAAACCUAAGGAGGAAGAAUUGAAACCGCUUAAAUUAGAAAAACCAAAGAAACUUGAAGAAGAAGAGAUAGAAGAAGAGAAAGUGACCGAAAUGUUAUGGAAGAAACCAGAAGAGAUACCUGUACCUGUAGAAAAAGAAGUUUCCACGCAAGAAGUUCAAGUAAUCGAAGCGACUAAAGUAGAAAAGAUUGUUGAAGAUGUAGUCGAAGUUGAAAAGAAAAAGGUCCAAGUCGAGGAUCGUAGGAGGAAACACAAGCAACGUACGCAAGUCGAGAUAUCUAUCACGGACAAAGAUAAGAAAAUUGCACCGAGAUUUAUUCAGAAACUUCAACCCGUUAUCGCGCAACCUGAAACAACUGCGAAAUUCACGUGUACAGUAUUUGGCAAUCCAUUCCCUGAAAUUACCUGGUACAGAAACGAGCAGGAACUUCACGCGAGUGAGAAGUACAUAAUGACUAUCUACGAAACGACCGCAUCGUUGGAGAUAACGAAGGUGAAGGAAGAGGACGCUGGAAUGUAUUCCUGCAGAGCGUCAAAUCCGGCUGGAGUAGCUACGUCCACCGUCAAUCUCGUGAUAUUUGAAAAAGAAGAAGAGGGCAUAGCGCCACAUUUCGCGACACCAAUAAAGCCUCUCAUGGUGGAGGAGCACAAGCCAGCUCUGCUCGAAUGCAUCGUCACUGGCACACCGAUGCCGGAAGUGAAGUGGUACCGUGGUGAAGAAGAGCUGAAACCAGAAAAGGGCAGAGAGAUCACGUUCAAUCCGGAAACUGGGGAGGCGAAGUUGCACAUAUUGGAACCGACCGAGGAGGAUGAGACAAUAUAUCGCGUACGAGCCGUGAACAAAUUCGGACGCGCUGAAUGCAGAGCGAAUCUGGUCAUUAGUAACGUGGUGAGGGUGAGCAAACCGGAAGUUCUGAGGUCGCCAAAGAUCACUAGACCUCUGCCAGCUUUGGUCGCCGAGUUUGGAAAGCCUUUGACGUUGUCCGCUGAUUUCGAGAGCAAACCUACACCGGAAGUGAAAUGGUACCGUAACGGAGCCGAGAUCGUACCGUCUGACAAGCGUGUGAUUAAGAUUUACGAAAAUACGACGGAGUUGUACAUUCCUGAAGUGACGAAGAAGGAUGGAGGGAAGUAUGAGGUCCGAGUGGAAAAUCCUGUAGGUGAGGCGAGAAGUUCUGGUUCUGUGACGGUGAAGAAACGAGAGGACAAGACGGAUGAGGUGAAAGCACCGAGAUUUAUCGAGCCGCUGCAACCGCAAAUCGUAACCGAGGGAGAAGUCGUGAUCAUGGAAACACGUGUCGAUUCCUAUCCGACAGCCUCUUUCCAAUGGUUCCACGAUACUCGUCCUCUGGAGUCUACGCCACAGGUGAGGAUCGUAACUCAAGAGAACAAAUCGAUCCUAAUGAUCAAGGAGAUCAAGCCCGAGUACUCGGGUACGUACACUUGUCGUGCCGAGAACGUUGGCGGAUCUGUCACUUGCACGGCAACCAUAAAUCUACUGGAUACGCCUUGGGAGGAAACUGUGGAGCUGGUUUCACCGACGUUUGUCAAACGAUUGUCGCCGGUCAGGGUCAUGGAUGGUGAAAGCGCUAACCUGACGUGCAUCGUUCAGGGAAAACCCACACCUAGGGUCGAGUGGUAUCACGAUAACAAACCGAUCAAGGAGGGCAAGGAGAUCACGAUCGUGCAAGACACAGAAGGUGUUUGCAGUUUGGCCAUAACUGAAGUAUUUCCAGAGGAUGCUGGAGAAUACACUUGUCGUGCCGUGAAUCCUGUUGGGGAAGCGGUUUGCACAUCGUCACUUAUCGUGGAAGCAUACGAGUACGUACCGGAUUCAGAAAUCGCUUCUUCGAUUGUCGCAACAUCUCUUACUACAGGGCAAAGCGGUUCAGAGGAGGAUCUUUUAUCUCCAAAGGAAACACCUUUGUUCGAUACGGACGAGGAAUCUGCGCCAGAAAUAGUGAAAAAACUUCCUCAAUUAAUUCCUACCAAAGUUGGAGAACUAACUAGGUUGGAAGUGAAAGUGAAAGGAAAACCAAAACCAGAAGGAAAAUGGUACAAGCAGGGCGUCGAGAUCGUGUCGUCCCAAGAAUUCUUGAUCGAGGAAUUCGAGGAUGGCACUUCUGUGUUAACGAUAGCCGAAACUUAUCCAGACGACAUGGGUGAGAUUGUGUUCGAGGUGCACAAUCCACUCGGCGUAUCGACCACGACUACCUAUCUAUCGGUAGAAGGAAUCGUCGGAACGAAGGAGUACAGAAAGCCAUCAUGGGUCACCCAGAUGGAGGAGAUGCAAGAAGCUCUAAGAGCCACGCAAUCUGUACCACGAUUCAUUCAAGAGAUUACCGAUGUUUAUGCGAAGGAAGGUGAAACCGCGGUGUUCGAAUGCAUAUACUCUGGCAAUCCUGUUCCAGACGUUGUAUGGUAUAAGAACGAUAAGAUGAUCACCAAUACCCCGAACGUGAAAAUACGUCUCUUGGACGAGGAGAAAAAGACAAUAUUGACAAUUAAACAUGCGACCGAAGAAGACGAUGCCACUUACGUGUGCAAAGCUACAAGUGAGAUAGGUUUAACAACGACGAAAGCUAAAUUACAUGUAACAGAAAUAACUGGCAAGAAAAUCUUCAUGGACGAAGAACAAUUCGAAGAGCAAAUAGUAGAAGAGAAACCUAAAAAGAAACCGGAAGAAGAGAAGCCUCACAAGAAGAAGAAGCCAGAAAUGAAGAAGGCUAAAGAGACGAAGGAAAAAGUGAAAGGGGAACGUGUAAAGAUAGACAAGAAGGAGUUGCAUAAAGAGAAACUGAUUCCCAAGGAACAGCCAGAAGAAAAGAAAAUUGUGGAUAUCGAAGAAACUCAAACGCUUGAAACGACAGAAAUUAUUGAAGAACAACCGACAGAGGUAACACGAGCAAAGAAAGUGAUGCCGAUCCAAGAGCCACUAAUAACAGAGGCGACCGCGUCAUUGAAGAAAAUCGACGAUGAAAAAGCGCGGGAAAUUAUACUAAAGACGGAAGAACGCGCAAAGAGGGUGUUGGAGGAGCGAGAAGGAGUGGUGGUUUCAGAAAUGGCCAUCGAAGACACGGCCCGUGAUUUCACGAUAGAAUCGGUGGUCGAUCGUGCACAGAUCACGUCGGAGACAUUGCAAACUGUCUCCGUGUCGGAAGUGCACACGGAGGCCAGCGUUCAAGAGAUCAGACGAGUGGACACGAAAAGGAAAGCAAAGAAAACCGUGGUGACAGAGGAGGAGGAGCUUCCAAGAGAAAUCGUAGUUGAGGAGAAGCCGAAAAAGAAGAAGAAGGAGAAGCUGAAAGUGAGGGAAGAAGUGACCAUCGAGGAAAUAGUGGAGAGACAAAAGGAGAAUAUCGCGAGAGAGGUAGAAGAAAUUAUGGAAACACUUCACGCGAAAGAGUUCGGGCCAGGAGAGGCUCCUCUUCGAGAAUUGGCCACCAUCGGUUUUUUGGUACGCCAGGGUGUCUCUGUGAACGAGAUCAACGAGAGCUUAUACAAAACGGACAAUUUCCCUGCGUUGAAAACCCCCGAGGCUCAGAAUGCGCUUGUCCAAUUGGUCGAGAGGGAGGGUCAUGGGCCAUUGAUUACCCAAGUUCUGACAGAAGAAACAACUACUGACGAAAGUGUGGUGGCUGCUACCGUCGGCUUCCGCGCCUUCAUGAGAAUGAUCGAGUUGCAACACGUCACCGUUGAAGAAGUCCUCACUCAUUUCGCACCGGAGGACUUUCGACCGCGAGCUUGGGAGGUCACAGAAGCCACGGAAGUUGAAACGGAGGAACGGAUUACGGAACGAGUGGAUGUCAUACACAAAACGGAAGUCCAUUUCAUGGAGAGGAGGGACGAAAGAAAAGCCAUCCGCACGCAGGAUAUUCGAGACAUUAAAGAAUACGAGGACACACGGCAGGCACACACGACACUGCGCGAACGAAAAUUAACGAAACCGAAGGAACAAAUCGAGGAGAAAAAAGAAGAUAGGGGCGUGGGGGUUCAGGUUGUAGAAAUCGAGGAAAUUGAGGAAACCGAAACUGGGAGGAAGAAGACAAAGGACGCGGAAGAGAUUGAGGAAGAAAUCGAGACAAUUAUCAUUGAAACAGACUCGAAGCACAAACUGGCUCAAAAAGAAAAGAAACGCGUGGAUGUAGAAGAAGAGGAAAUCAUAGAAAAAGAGAGAAAGGAAUUGAUACCUAAACGGCCACAUAUUAGACGAAAUGAAGUUGAAAUGGAAGAAAUCGAAGAGUUCGAGAUAAAAGAAGACAGAUCUAUGCCUUCCCUCAUAUUAAAUGUUCCUAGCCAACGUCAUCAGAUAAUACCUUUGGAUCGUACCAUCGAACAAGCACCUGGUAAACCAGAAUUGGAAAAAGCCAAACUAACAAUGGACACUAUUACGCCGUUAACUGAACAUUUUGUCCCUAUUCAAGAGAAAGAAAUCGAUGAUAUUAGCCAAAUUAAACUUAUAGAACGAAAAGCAUCUUUGUCUAUUUCGCCAAUAGAACCUUAUUCCAUCAUGGAAACAACCGUCCAAGCUUCUACUGGCGAAUUCGCGGGUAUUUUUAAACCUACAUUCUACGAAGCGACACGUGGUAUCGUGCCAUCCGAAAGUUUGGUAAUCAGCGAAACUCUGGCCAACGACGCUGGAUUAUCCAGUUUAAUCAUUAAUAAACAGGAAAUCAGUAAAACUGCAGAUGUUAGUGUGGCUCUUCAGGAAGCCACGACUGUUUAUGAAACCAUGGUAAGUCAAAAGGAAGCUCCAACAGAAGAUUUCGUGUCACCAUUGACUGUUAGAGCAGAAGACAUUAUUCUUCCUCAAAUAGGAUUGUCUGUGUAUGAGAUUCAGGAAGGAUUAACAGAAGAUAAGUUAGAACCCUUGAAGACUUUACCAACUAAACCUAGAGUGAACAUCGCUGCGGUUGAACCAUUAGUUGUGGAAGAAGUUAGAGCAGAGGACAAACCAGGAAAGUAUUACCCAGAACUUGUAGUUCCGACAGAGGUCGCCACUGAGACCGUAAUUCCUCAACGACAACGAGUGACUGAGGAAAUGUACGCACCUGAAAAGGAGGGCAUGUAUGUUCCAGGAAGAUUACCACCUAGUCAGAAAGCACAAGUUGGAAUAUCUUAUGGAAACGAAACUGCUACAGUUCAGCAGAAUAUCGUACAGGAAAGUGAAGGGGUAUUUAUUUCAGAAAGAAAAACUGACACCUUUGAAGCUACGCCCAAUGUCACUGUACUUGAAGGAAUUUCCGUGUCCACAGUUCAAGCUCAAGAUAUAGAAAGCGACUUAACGAUUGAAGAGAUGAAGAAAGCAGUAGCUGAUUUGAACAUCAUUGAGAUCACAUCAGCAGUGACGAGUGAAACUGUGCCAUCUGAGAAAGAGAAAGAAUAUCAACUCGAAGACAAACCUGCUAUCAAAACGGCUGAGACGUCUAUUUCCUUAUUGGAAAUCGGUUCCAUCGCGAGCACUAUUAUUCAAGAGUCUGAAGGAAUUUAUCAUCCUGAUCAGAAACCAACUAAAGUAUUGGCAGAAACUUCUAUCAAACCUGAAGAAUAUGUGCAGAUAUCUGAGAUUCAAACAGCGGAUUAUCCAUCUGAUUUUAAGGAAGAAUUAAAAUAUGUGCAAGAAAGUGGAACAAUUGCUGUACAAUUAAUAGAGGCUAAAAUGAUCCAGGAAACUAUGACCCAUGAUCGUGAAGCAAAGAUGGAGGAAUUAAUAAAACCAGAAGAACGUGUUGUAAAGACAAGUUAUGACGCCAUUAAAAGUGUCGAAGUAUUCCAAACUACAUCCAUAGAGAAGGAAGCUGAUCUAAAAAUCUUCGAAAUGCCAGAAUCUCAUCGUGGAAAGACAGUACCAACUCAUCCUGUUGUUUCAUUGGAAAUCGAAAUGACUCAACCGGAAGAUAAUUUAGGUAUGAUAAAAAAGGAAGUUCCAUCAUCUAGUAUCGCUAAAAUAGAACCUAUUGCUUUGCAAGAAACCAUAAUAGGUGAAACUGUGAUCGCUGAAGAUGUGGCACCGGUUCAAAAAGACAAAGUUCCUGAAUUCAAGAUAGCCGAAGUGACGAUGAACGAGAUCGAGAGUUUACACACCACAAUGGUGAUAGCUAGCGAAAAAGAAGCUGAAUAUAUAGAAAUUUCUGAAAUGAAAGGAGCUUAUGCUACUACAGAAUUCACUACACAGGUAGCGCCAAUUUUCGAAGAGAUUAGAACUCACUCACCUACAGAAGAAUAUAUCUCGGAAAAGAAAGCAAUCUCCAGCGUGGCUCAAUCGUCGCACAUUCCAUUAGAAAGUGUAACAAUUGCUAUGCAAGAAUUGGCAGAAAAGGAAGACUUGUACAUGACUGAAAUACAACCAAAUAAGAAGAUUGCGAUUGUCGAAUUGACCGAACCUAGACCUGGUCCAAUUAUUCUUGAAGUUAUUUCUCAUGAUCGUGAGAAUGUGUACAAUCCUAAUGUAAAACCACAAGAUUACACUGCUGAAACUUUAGUGUCUGGUCAUAAAGUUGCAUUAAAAUCUGAGACUUUAGUGGAACAAAGCACUGCUAACAUGAGCAUCGAUAAACCUCAAUCAAAAAAGGCCAUACCACAACGAGAUAUUUUGGAAGAAUUGAUCGUAACAGAGACAACUAUUGCUGAGACUGAAAAGAUUAGAGAAGCGGAUAUUCUUCCAACUAUCCAAAGUGCAGAGAUUGAAAUUCAAUCGAAAACUGAAAAAUUAACCGUGAUCGAGGUGACAAGUAUCCAGGAAGAAGAAAAAUUAGAAAUAGAAAAGAUACCAAAGGAAAGAAAAGUUGUUCUGGGUAUCACUGGAGGACAUGAAGUGGCUGAAAUGCAGGAAACUGUUCUAGCAAGUAAUGUUAACAUUUUAAAAGAAGAAAAAAUCAAAGAAGAUCACGCUAAUCAACAACAAAGUGGAUUAGAAGUUGUAGAGCAGACGGAAAUAUCAAUCUCUGAGAAAGAAUCUCCUCUUCAAAAAGACAUAAGACCUGAUAUCAAAAUCGUUGAAGUUACAUUCCAAGAAGGGGAGAGUAUUGUGGUAGGUAUAACGCAUCCUGAGGAUAAAGAGGGAAUAUUCACUCCAGAAGAAAAACCAAAAAAUGUAGAAGCUACAGUAGAUAUCAUUACGCAAGGAGUAGCAUCCAAGUUUGAAAUUUUGAGUGAUACAGGCUUGAGUGAUUUACCGGAUGAAACGGUUCAAAAGAUGAAACCUAAAACUACGAUAUUACCUAUCGAAGCUGCAAUUGCUCAAGAAGUACACACCAGAGAAACAGAGGCACCAUUCAGUGAAAUUAAACCUAACGAUAAGAAAGCGAAUCUCGAGUUUGUGACAGGCGAAGGUUUGAUUAUUUCAGCGAUUACAACUGAAGAUAAGGAGAGUCUACUUCCAGAAACUGAAAAACCAAAAACCAAAUCCGCCAGUUUCGACAUUCCAACGCAUUUCGUAGCUCAGACCAUCGAGACUACUACUACAGACAAUGUAGGCGAAUUUAAACGAGAAGAAAUACAUGUAGCUACAGCUAUAACUGAUCAUAUCACAUUCCGCAGUGUGAUUACAUCUGAAACAGCUACUGGUGAUCUUGAAAAACCAAUGGAAGACUUCAUUCAACCGGAGAAGAAAAUGAUCGAUGUUUCUUUCCAGGAGGAAGAAGGCAUAACAGUCAUUGAAACAAUUGCAUCAGAUAAAGAGAAAGAGUACUUCAAGAAGCUAGAAAUGCAAGGAGAACAGGCUACUGCAAGCUUCGAUGCACAUAAGGUUGCACAAUUAACAGAAAUCAAUCCAGCUUCUAUUUCUGGAGAUUUAACUAUGCUUGCUCCAAUUACAGUAGCUGCUAAGGAAGAACGAUUACCAUUUGAAAGCAUUGUUCAAACAGAAACCAUUGUGUCUGAAACUGAAAAGGAAUUUAAGGAUAAACCUAUAAUUACUAAUAAAGCGGAGGUUUCUAUCAAUGAAAUCAUUAGUGCAACGACAACUACUGAGAUUCCAGCUGAUAAAGAAGAUAUUCUUCAGAUAUUUGAGAAACCAUCUGAGAAACAAGCUAGUGUACAAUUCGCUGGACACAUGAUUGCGGAAAAGAUUGAAGUAACUGUCGAUUCCAGUGCUGGUAAAUUGAAGAAGAUAAAACCGGUCUCCGCAUUAGCAGUGCCAUCUAGCAUCCCCUUAGAAGCUGUAAUUAGCUCGGAAAUUCAACCAACUGAAAUUGAAGGACCAUUUAUCAAAGAUAAAAGACCAUUGAAGGCUAUAGCAGACUUAUCUGUAGUAGAAGAGCAAAGUGUACAAGUAUCAGCCGUGAUCAUGGAAGAUAAAGAAGAAGAAUACAAGUCUAAAAAUUUACCAGAGAUAAAGACUGCUGGAAAGAGCCUUGUUUCUGGUCAUAUAGUAGCUGAAACGACUAUGCAGAUUGUAGAUUUCAGCACUGGAGAAUUCAUUCAAGAAAAGCCAUCAGGUGCUAUUGCUAUAUCAGAACAUGUUCCGUUCAUUUCAUUGAUAGAAUCUCAACCAAUUAUACAGGAAAGCGAAGACAAAUUCAUACCAGGCCAAUUACCAGAAAACAAGACCGCCAUUGUAGAUCUUGAAGAGAGUAAAAAAAUCGUAAUUGUGUCUCAAGUAACUCCAGCAGACAAAGAAUCUUUAUAUAUUUCUGAAGAACUGCCAUCAAAGCAUGCAGCCUCGUUUGGAUUAGACACCAUUCAUGGAAUUGCUGAAACAACCACUAUCUCUGUAGAGGAUUCAAUAAGUGAAGUGAAAUUAAAGAAACCGGACACCAAGAAAGCAUCAACUACUCAAGAAUUGUAUCAAAGCUUGUUGGUCACGCAAGACAUCGUUCAAGAUCAAGAAAAUACCUUUGAAGAGAAGUUUAAGCCAACUGUUCAAAAGAUAGAAGUAUCUAUCGAAGAAGGCAAACGUGUGACUAAUGUUAUCGAAGUUAGCGCAGCCGAUAAAGAAGAGAUAUUAAAGACAGUCCAAGAAGAAAUAAGAUCAGUAGUGCCGAUUAUUGUCUCUGGACACGAAGUAGCGGAAAGAUCUGAAAUUAUACCACAUUUGAGUACUGGAGAAAUGGACAUCAUUAAGCCUACCACAGCCACUGCACAAGUAGGGCAAAAACCAUUUGAAACGAUCGAGAUGAUAGAACAAGUUCUAGCAGAAAAAGAAAUAGACAAGGUCGAGGAAAUAUCACCACAGAAGACUAAUGCUCGAAUCACCGUAGACGAAAACAGAUUUAUUGCUAUCACAGAAGCGACCACAGCACAAGAUGUCGAGGCUGAAAUGUCGAUAAUUAAGAAACCUCGCGAAGAAAUGGCAAAAUCAUCGAUGGAGGGUAAAGAAGUUGCUGAACAAAUGGAAGUAAGUCUCAGAGAAGAAUUGGGAAACUUACCUGUAGCGCAACGACCAACAACAUUUGAAGCAUAUCCGACGCAAAUCACAUUAGAAUGCGUUGAUAUCAGUGAGACUAUUCCUCAAGAACAUAGCACAGUAUUCGAAGAAAAGAUGAAGGUAGACGAACGAAGUGCGAAAGUGAGCUUUGUUGAAGGAAAGAGCAUUAAUAUUUCUCAUGUUAUUUCUCAAGAUAAGGAAGAUACAAUGAUUAUACAAAAACGUGAAGAGAGCACAGCGGAAAUGACUCUGACAAAGGUUGGAAUGGAUGUAGCACAAAAAGCUCAGGUAUUUAUUGAGCAGAGCACUGGAUUGGUUCAGCCAUUUGAGAAACGCGAAGUACAAGCUCAUCAUAAACAGGAUGCUCUAGAACCGAUUAUUGUGGAAGAAAUUCCAAGUGCAGAAAGUGAAGGAGUUUUUGACAAAUAUCCAAAAACAGUUUUUUCUACAGCAAUACAAACGUUCGAGCAAGAUCAUGGAAUAUCGAUAACGGAAGUCACUUCAGCGGAAGUAGAGUCUGUGCUGAAAGAAAAGAAAAUGGAUAUUUCGCAGACAGCUAAUAGUACUCUUAUUAUGGAACGUAAUAUUGUUGAAACAUCUAUGAUCGAAUCUCAAAUUAGCAUACCGGAUAAAAUAGAACAAAUAAGCAUGAAGCCUCAAGUAGCUGUUCCUGAACAAGAUACUUUCGAGAGCAUCAUAGUGAACGAAAAUAUAGUGGAAGAAAGCGAGCGCACGUUCGAAGAUGUGUUCCAACCUCAGACUCAAAAAGCAGAUAUCGAUAUACAAAAAGUGACAUCUCUUCAGGUAUCAGAAACAAUCACGGAAGAUAAGGAAAGUGUUUUCGAUGUGGUACCUAAACGAGAAGAGGUCAAAGCUACCCAGGACAUCAGUUUGCACGAAACCGUGAUUGGAUCUUUAGUAGAAAGUGUUCAGAGUAUUCAGGAAAUUCACGAAGAGAAACGAAUAUCGUCUCAAGCCACAAUGGCUCAAACUGUGAUAGAAACAGCUGUAAAAAUAGAGACAACUGUUGGCGAAAGAGAAGAUACGUUCGAAGGAAAAAACUUUAAACUUGAACAGCAAAAAGGCAAACCUCAGAUGGAAGGACUCAGCACUGUCAUUGUCACGGAAAUUGUUUCUAAUGAGAUUGAAGAUGUUUUACCAGCAACAGUUACACCCAAAGAACAACAGGCUCAGCCUAUUCUUACAGGCAGAGAAGUUCCAGAAGUAACACAAGUAAUUGCUGCGUCGACUACUGAAGAAUUCGAAAAAGUAACUCAAUUGAAAAAACAGCAAGGCAAAAUAGAAAUGGAAGAGAUGUCUUCCGUCACAAUUUCUGAAGUAAUCUCUAAUGAAACCGAAGAUAUAUUUGUUUUGAAAACCAUACCUAAAGAUCAGAAAGCAAACUUUAAUAUUUUAGGCAAUGAAAUCGCAGAAACGUCUCAAGUAACCACUAUAAUAGAAACAGAAGAUCUUGCAUUGAAAAGACCCGAAGAACAAAAGGGAAAACCUACAUUAGAUGAAUUGACAUCUCUCACAGUUUCACAUGUGGUAUCCGAAGAAGCAGAGGAAACAUUAUCAUUGGCUAAAGUUCCAAAAGAAAAGACAGCUCACCCAAGUUUGACCGGAAGAGAUGUUGCGGAGAUCAUACAAAUAUUGGCUAUUGCUAGUGUCGAGAAAUUCGUAGCAUCUAAGGCUCCGGAAGAACAGAAAGGUAAGAUACAAGUGGAGGAAUUGGCACCUUUAACUGUCUCACAAGUAAUUUCUCAAGAAGCGGAGGAAACAUUACCUACACCGGAAAUACCGGUCGAAAGAGAGGCCCAACCCAGCCUUAUAAGCAGAGAUGUGGCACAAACAAUGGAAAUAUUGACUAUGGCAAAUAUUGAUACUUUAGCUGAAGAUAAAAAGCCUGGAGAACAAAAAAGUGUUCCUGGUUUGGAGGAAUUUGUUCCUUUAUCCGUAUUACAGACGAUUUCUACGGAAACGGAGGACGUGUUAGUCAGUCCUAAAGUACCGACAAAGAAAAUUGCUCAAUCGAGUUUGACCGGUCACGAUGUGGCAGAGACAAUGCAGAUAUUAACUAUGAUGGCUACUAAGGAAUUAAUAGCUGAUCGUGCACCAGAAAAACAAAAAGGAAAACCAAAUAUAGAAGAAUUGACAUCCGUUAUGGUUUCUCAAACAGUAUUUCAUGAGACUGAAGAGACAUUGGAGGAACAGGUAGCUCCAAGUACAGUGAUUGCUAAACCUGCACUGACAGGUAGAGAAGUCGCUGAAAUUAGUCAGGUUCUUACUGUGGCUAAUGUAGAGGAAUUAGAAAAAGGUAAACUACCAGAACAACAGAAAGGAAAACCAAACGUGGAGGAACUGACUUCUAUUACAGUUUCUCAAGCAGUGUUUCAUGAGACUGAAGAAACAUUGGAAAAACAGGCAGCUCCAAGUACAGUGAUUGCUAAACCUGCACUGACGGGCAGAGAAGUCGCUGAAGUCAGUCAAAUUCUUACUGUGGCUAAUGUAGAGGAAUUAGAAAAAGAUAAACUACCAGAACAACAAAAAGGAAAACCAAAUGUAGAGGAAUUGACUUCUAUCACGGUUUCUCAAACGGUAUCUCACGAAACUGAAGAGAUAUUGAAACAGAUAACUCCAAGUACAAUGAUUGCUAAACCUGCAUUAACAGGUAGAGAAGUUGCUGAAGUCAGUCAAGUUCUUACUGAAGUUAGUAUAAAGGAACUAGAAAAAGAUAAACCACCUGAACAACAUAAAGGAAAACUAAAUGUGGAGGAAUUGACUUCUAUCACGGUUUCUCAAACAAUGUUUCAUGAAAUUGAAGAGACGUUGGAGAAACAGGUAGCUCCAAGUACAGUGAUUGCUAAACCUGCACUAACGGGCAGAGAAGUCGCUGAAGUCAGUCAAAUUCUUACUGUGGCUAAUGUAGAGGAAUUAGAAAAAGAUAAACUACCGGAACAACAGAAAGGAAAACCAAAUGUGGAGGAACUGACUUCUAUCACAGUUUCUCAAACAGUGUUUCAUGAGACUGAAGAGACAUUGGAGAAACAGGUAGCUCCAAGUACAGUGAUUGCUAAACCUGCACUGACGGGCAGAGAAAUCGCUGAAGUCAGUCAAAUUCUUACUGUGGCUAAUGUAGAGGAAUUAGAAAAAGAUAAACUACCGGAACAACAGAAAGGAAAACCAAAUGUGGAGGAACUGACUUCUAUCACAGUUUCUCAAACAGUGUUUCAUGAGACUGAAGAAACAUUGGAAAAACAGGCAGCUCCAAGUACAGUGAUUGCUAAACCUGCACUGACAGGUAGAGAAGUCGCUGAAGUCAGUCAAAUUCUUACUGUCACUAGUGCAGAGGAAUUAGAAAAAGAUAAAUUACCGGAACAACAGAAAGGAAAACCAAAUGUGGAGGAAUUGACUUCUAUCACGGUUUCUCAAACAGUGUUUCAUGAGACUGAAGAAACAUUGGAAAAACAGAUAGUUCCAAGUACAGUGAUUGCUAAACCUGCACUGACAGGUAGAGAAGUUGCUGAAGUCAGUCAAAUUCUUACUGUGACUAGUGCAGAGGAAUUAGAAAAAGAUAAACUACCGGAACAACAGAAAGGAAAACCAAAUGUGGAGGAACUGACUUCUAUUACAGUUUCUCAAACAGUAUCUCAUGAGACUGAAGAAACAUUGGAAAAACAGAUAGUUCCAAGUACAGUGAUUGCUAAACCUGCACUGACAGGUAGAGAAGUUGCUGAAGUCAGUCAAAUUCUUACUGUGACUAGUGCAGAGGAAUUAGAAAAAGAUAAACUACCGGAACAACAGAAAGGAAAACCAAAUGUGGAGGAACUGACUUCUAUUACAGUUUCUCAAACAGUAUCUCAUGAGACAGAAGAGACAUUGGAGAAACAAAUAGUUCCAAGUGCAGCGACAGCUACGCCUGCAUUAUUAGGAAGAGAGGUUGCUGAGAUUAGUCAAGUUCUUACGGUGACUAGCAUAGAAGAAUUAGAAAAACGUACAUUGCCCGAAGAGCAAAAGGGAAAACCAAGAUUGGAUGAACUUACAUCCAUAACUAUUUCUCAAAUAGUAUCAAUUGAGUUAGAAGACAAAUUACCAUCUCCUGAGAAGCCAAGCGAGAAGAUCGCACAACCGCAGAUAGCUGGCAGAGAAGUAGCUCAGAAAACAGAGAUUUUAACAGUGACUAAUGUCGAAGAAUUGGAAAAAUCGGAGAAACCAGAAAGUCAAAAAGGAAGACCGGAUGUGGAGGAACUAAGCUUUCUCACCGUUUCCGAAGUGGUGUCCACAGAAGCAGAAAAAGAAUUACCUACUCCAAAAGCUCCCAAAGAACAUAAAGCGCUUCCACAAUUGGAUAGUAUCGAAGUAGCAGAAACAUCUGAAAUAUUAACAAUAACAAAUACAGAAGAACUUCCAAAAUCUAAAAUUCCUGAAGAACAAAAAGGAAAACCUCAAUUAGAGGAAUUGCUUUCUUUAUCUGUCUCAGAAAUUGCAUUUGGUGAAAUGGAAAAGAAUCUCGCUACUCCAGAUGAACCCACUAUUCAAACAGCUAAGCCUAGUUUAAUAGGCAUCCAAGUUGCUCAGAAAUCUCAAGUAAUUCCAUCAGUCACGGCUGGAGAAUUGCAAAAAGAGAUGAAACCAGCUGCCAAACAAAUAAUUCCUGAACAAAUACCAUUCGAAAGUAUUGAGCAAUUGCAAGCAGUGGCCCAGGAAAGCGAAGAUAUCUUUGUUGUGGAAAAAAUAGGCAAAUCAGUUAAAGCUGAGAUGUCGUUCCGCGUGUCUGAAAGCGUGGAAGUGACGCAGGUAAUGGCUACGGAACAAGAAUCAAAAGAGGUGAUUAAAGGCGUUGCCAAAGAAGUUUCUGCUCAACCUGAUGUAAUCAAACACGAGGUUGCUUUGAAAACAGAAGUCCAGUUAGCAGACGUAGCUGAUGAAUUCAAAGUGAUAAAACCGGAAGGCAAAAUGGCCAAAGGUGUAGAUGAGAUUCAACAGAGUGUAAUCGUUACAGAACCACUGAAUGCCGGUGAGAUUGAGUCAGAAAUGUCCGAGUCUGUAUUACCUUCCGCAAAGUUAGCGAACAUUAUUGUCGAAGCAGAACACCUGGAACACGUUAUGGAAACUACAGAAGUACCAGCGCAACAACAUCACAUCACAAUCACACAACACACAACAAAACACGAUACGCCACAGUUGAUUGAAUCAGAUACAGAGGUAAUAGAAGAAUACACGACGAAAUUUAGACGCGGAAGCAAAGAAGAUGAAACUGCAGCAGUUAAAACAAAGAAAACAAUUAUACGUAAGAAAAAGCCAAAGAACGAAGAAGACAAUGUCGUCGUCAUUGAGGAAGAAUUGGAGGAUAUCAAGCCAAAAAUACCAUCAAUACCAAAGAAACAAUUUAUGCCGAUUGAAGAAGUAACGACAACAAUAGAUGUAGAAGAAAUAAUACCAACCAGAAUAGAAGAGGCAGAGGAAGUAGAGCAAAAAGAAAUAAAAGCACUUCCUGCUCAAGAAAAAGUUAAACCUACGGAAAUAGAGGAGGUAAAGGAACAGAUAACAGUCACAGAGGACACAACGAAAUUAGGCAAACCAAAAAAGACUACCAAAAAGAAAAUUAUCAAACGACAUGGAAAGGAACAAAAAGUGACAGAAGUGGUUACAGUUGAAGAGGAAGAAAAGGCACCUGAAACGACAGUAACAGAAGGGCCAGUGGAGGAAAUAGUUGAAGAAACGAUAAAAUCUCUUCCAGGUUUAGAAAUGGUUGUGCCUACUGAAGUAGAGGAGGUAAAGGAACAGGUAACAGUCACAGAGGAAAUAACAAAAUUAGGCAAACCAAAGAAGACCACCAAAAAGAAAAUUAUUAAACGACGUGGAAAGGAACAACAAGUAACAGAAGUUGUUACAGUUGAAGAGGAAGGAAAGGCACCUGAAACGACAGUAACAGAAGGGCCAGUGGAGGAAAUAGUUGAAGAAACGAUAAAACCUCUUCCUGGUUUAGAAAAAGUUGUGCCUACUGAAGUAGAGGAGGUAAAGGAACAGGUAACAGUCACAGAGGAAACAACAAAAUUAGGCAAACCAAAGAAGACCACCAAGAAGAAAAUUAUCAAACGACGUGGAAAGCAACAACAAGUUACAGAAGUGGUUACAGUUGAAGAGGAAGGAAAGGCACCUGAAACGACAGUAACAGAAGGACCAGUGGAGGAAAUAGUUGAAGAAACGAUAAAACCUCUUCCUGGUUUAGAAAAAGUUGUGCCUACUGAAGUAGAGGAGAUAAAGGAACAGGUAACAGUCACAGAGGAAACAACAAAAUUAGGCAAACCAAAGAAGACCACCAAAAAGACAAUUAUCAAACGACGUGGAAAGGAACAACAAGUAACAGAAGUGGUUACAGUUGAAGAGGAAGGAAAGGCACCUAAAACGACAGUGACAGAAGGGCCAGUGGAGGAAAUAGUUGAAGAAACGAUCAAACCUCUUCCUGACUUAGAAAAGGUUGUGCCUACUGAAGUAGAGGAGGUAAAGGAACAGGUAACAGUCACAGAGGAAAUAACAAAAUUAGGCAAACCGAAGAAGACCACCAAAAAGAAAAUUAUCAAACGACGUGGAAAGGAACAACAAGUAACAGAAGUUGUUACAGUUGAAGAGGAAGGAAAGACACCUAAAACGACAGUGACAGAAGGGCCAGUGGAGGAAAUAGUUGAAGAAACGAUAAAACCUCUUCCUGGUUUAGAAAAAGUUGUGCCUACUGAAGUAGAGGAUGUAAAGGAACAGGUAACAGUCACAGAGGAAAUAACAAAAUUAGGCAAACCAAAGAAGAUCACCAAGAAGAAAAUUGUCAAACGACGUGGAAAGCAACAACAAGUUACAGAAGUGGUUACAGUUGAAGAGGAAGGAAAGGCACCUGAAACGACAGUGACAGAAGGGCCAGUGGAGGAAAUAGUUGAAGAAACGAUAAAACCUCUUCCUGGUUUAGAAAAUGUUGUGCAUACUGAAGUAGAGGAGGUAAAGGAGCAGGUAACAGUCACAGAGGAAAUAACAAAAUUAGGCAAACCCAAGAAGACCACCAAGAAGAAAAUUAUCAAACGACGUGGAAAGGAACAACAAGUAACAGAAGUUGUUACAGUUGAAGAGGAAGGAAAGGCACCUGAAACGACAGUAACAGAAGGGCCAGUGGAGGAAAUAGUUGAAGAAACGAUAAAACCUCUUCCUGGUUUAGAAAAAGUUGUGCCUACUAAAGUAGAGGAGGUAAAGGAACAGGUAACAGUCACAGAGGAAACAACAAAAUUAGGCAAACCAAAGAAGACCACCAAAAAGAAAAUUAUCAAACGACGUGGAAAGGAACAACAAGUAACAGAAGUUGUUACAGUUGAAGAGGAAGGAAAGGCACCUAAAACGACAGUGACAGAAGGGCCAGUGGAGGAAAUAGUUGAAGAAACGAUAAAACCUCUUCCUGGUUUAGAAAAAGUUGUGCCUACUAAAGUAGAGGAGGUAAAGGAACAGGUAACAGUCACAGAGGAAACAACAAAAUUAGGCAAACCAAAGAAGACCACCAAAAAGAAAAUUAUCAAACGACGUGGAAAGGAACAACAAGUAACAGAAGUUGUUACAGUUGAAGAGGAAGGAAAGGCACCUGAAACGACAGUAACAGAAGGGCCAGUGGAGGAAAUAGUUGAAGAAACGAUAAAACCUCUUCCUGGUUUAGAAAAAGUUGUGCCUACUGAAGUAGAGGAGGUAAAGGAACAGGUAACAGUCACAGAGGAAAUAACAAAAUUAGGCAAAUCAAAGAAGACCACCAAAAAGAAAAUUAUCAAACGACGUGGAAAGGAACAACAAGUAACAGAGGUGGUUACAGUUGAAGAGGAAGGAAAGGCACCUAAAACGACAGUAACAGAAGGGCCAGUGGAGGAAAUAGUUGAAGAAACGAUCAAACCUCUUCCUGGUUUAGAAAAGGUUGUGCCUACUGAAGUAGAGGAGGUAAAGGAACAGGUAACAGUCACAGAGGAAAUAACAAAAUUAGGCAAACCAAAGAAGACCACCAAAAAGAAAAUUAUCAAACGACGUGGAAAGGAACAACAAGUAACAGAAGUUGUUACAUUUGAAGAGGAAGGAAAGGCACCUGAAACGACAGUAACAGAAGGGCCAGUGGAGGAAAUAGUUGAAGAAACGGUAAAACCUCUUCCUGGUUUAGAAAAAGUUGUGCCUACUGAAGUAGAGGAGGUAAAGGAACAGGUAACAGUCACAGAGGAAACAACAAAAUUAGGCAAACCAAAGAAGACCACCAAAAAGAAAAUUAUCAAACGACGUGGAAAGGAACAACAAGUAACAGAAGUUGUUACAGUUGAAGAGGAAGGAAAGGCACCUAAAACGACAGUGACAGAAGGGCCAGUGGAGGAAAUAGUUGAAGAAACGAUCAAACCUCUUCCUGGUUUAGAAAAGGUUGUGCCUACUGAAGUAGAGGAGGUAAAAGAACAGGUAACAGUCACAGAGGAAAUAACAAAAUUAGGCAAACCAAAGAAGACCACCAAGAAGAAAAUUAUCAAACGACGUGGAAAGGAACAGCAAGUAACAGAAGUUGUUACAGUUGAAGAAGAAGGAAAGGCACCUAAAACGACAGUGACAGAAGGGCCAGUGGAGGAAAUAGUUGAAGAAACGAUAAAACCUCCUCCUGGUUUAGAAAAAGUUGUGCCUACUAAAGUAGAGGAGGUAAAGGAACAGGUAACAGUCACAGAGGAAACAACAAAAUUAGGCAAACCAAAGAAGACCACCAAAAAGAAAAUUAUCAAACGACGUGGAAAGGAACAACAAGUAACAGAAGUUGUUACAGUUGAAGAGGAAGGAAAGGCACCUGAAACGACAGUAACAGAAGGGCCAGUGGAGGAAAUAGUUGAAGAAACGAUAAAACCUCUUCCUGGUUUAGAAAAAGUUGUGCCUACUGAAGUAGAGGAGGUAAAGGAACAGGUAACAGUCACAGAGGAAAUAACAAAAUUAGGCAAAUCAAAGAAGACCACCAAAAAGAAAAUUAUCAAACGACGUGGAAAGGAACAACAAGUAACAGAGGUGGUUACAGUUGAAGAGGAAGGAAAGGCACCUAAAACGACAGUAACAGAAGGGCCAGUGGAGGAAAUAGUUGAAGAAACGAUCAAACCUCUUCCUGGUUUAGAAAAGGUUGUGCCUACUGAAGUAGAGGAGGUAAAGGAACAGGUAACAGUCACAGAGGAAAUAACAAAAUUAGGCAAACCAAAGAAGACCACCAAAAAGAAAAUUAUCAAACGACGUGGAAAGGAACAACAAGUAACAGAAGUUGUUACAUUUGAAGAGGAAGGAAAGGCACCUGAAACGACAGUAACAGAAGGGCCAGUGGAGGAAAUAGUUGAAGAAACGGUAAAACCUCUUCCUGGUUUAGAAAAAGUUGUGCCUACUGAAGUAGAGGAGGUAAAGGAACAGGUAACAGUCACAGAGGAAACAACAAAAUUAGGCAAACCAAAGAAGACCACCAAAAAGAAAAUUAUCAAACGACGUGGAAAGGAACAACAAGUAACAGAAGUUGUUACAGUUGAAGAGGAAGGAAAGGCACCUAAAACGACAGUGACAGAAGGGCCAGUGGAGGAAAUAGUUGAAGAAACGAUCAAACCUCUUCCUGGUUUAGAAAAGGUUGUGCCUACUGAAGUAGAGGAGGUAAAAGAACAGGUAACAGUCACAGAGGAAAUAACAAAAUUAGGCAAACCAAAGAAGACCACCAAGAAGAAAAUUAUCAAACGACGUGGAAAGGAACAGCAAGUAACAGAAGUUGUUACAGUUGAAGAAGAAGGAAAGGCACCUAAAACGACAGUGACAGAAGGGCCAGUGGAGGAAAUAGUUGAAGAAACGAUCAAACCUCUUCCUGGUUUAGAAAAGGUUGUGCCUACUGAAAUAGAUCAGGUAAAGGAACAGGUAACAGUAACAGAGGAAAUAACAAAAUUAGGCAAACCAAAGAAGACCACCAAGAAGAAGAUUGUCAAACGACGUGGAAAGCAACAACAAGUUACAGAAGUGGUAACAGUUGAAGAGGAAGGAAAGGCACCUGAAACUACAGUAACAGAAGGGCCAGUGGAGGAAAUAGUUGAAGAAACGAUAAAACCUCUUCCUGGUUUAGAAAAAGUUGUGCCUACUGAAGUAGAGGAGGUAAAGGAACAGGUAACAGUCACAGAGGAAAUAACAAAAUUAGGCAAAUCAAAGAAGACCACCAAAAAGAAAAUUAUCAAACGACGUGGAAAGGAACAACAAGUAACAGAGGUGGUUACAGUUGAAGAGGAAGGAAAGGCACCUAAAACGACAGUAACAGAAGGGCCAGUGGAGGAAAUAGUUGCAGAAACGAUCAAACCUCUUCCUGGUUUAGAAAAGGUUGUGCCUACUGAAGUAGAGGAGGUAAAGGAACAGGUAACAGUCACAGAGGAAAUAACAAAAUUAGGCAAACCAAAGAAGACCACCAAAAAGAAAAUUAUCAAACGACGUGGAAAGGAACAACAAGUAACAGAAGUUGUUACAGUUGAAGAGGAAGGAAAGGCACCUGAAACGACAGUAACAGAAGGGCCAGUGGAGGAAAUAGUUGAAGAAACGGUAAAACCUCUUCCUGGUUUAGAAAAGGUUGUGCCUACUGAAAUAGAGGAGGUAAAGGAACAGGUAACAGUUAGAGAGGAAAUAACAAAAUUAGGCAUACCAAAGAAGACCACCAAAAAGAAAAUUAUCAAACGACGUGGAAAGGAACAACAAGUAACAGAAGUUGUUACAGUUGAAGAGGAGGGAAAGGCACCUAAAACGACAGUGACAGAAGGGCCAGUGGAGGAAAUAGUUGAAGAAACGAUCAAACCUCUUCCUGGUUUAGAAAAGGUUGUGCCUACUGAAAUAGAGGAGGUAAAGGAACAGGUAACAGUCACAGAGGAAAUAACAAAAUUAGGCAAACCAAAGAAGACCACCAAAAAGAAAAUUAUUAAACGACGUGGAAAGGAACAACAAGUAACAGAAGUUGUUACAGUUGAAGAGGAAGGAAAGGCACCUAAAACGACAGUAACAGAAGGGCCAGUGGAGGAAAUAGUUGAAGAAACGAUCAAACCUCUUCCUGGUUUAGAAAAGGUUGUGCCUACUGAAGUAGAGGAGGUAAAGGAACAGGUAACAGUCACAGAGGAAAUAACAAGAUUAGGCAAACCAAAGAAGACCGCCAAGAAGAAGGUUGUCAAACGACGUGGAAAGGAACAACAAGUAACAGGAGUUGUUACAGUUGAAGAGGAAGGAAAGGCACCUGAAACGACAGUAACAGAAGGGCCAGUGGAGGAAGUAGUUGAAGAAACAAUAAAACCUCUUCCUGGUUUAGAAAAUGUUGUGCCUACUGAAGUAGAGGAGGUAAAAGAACAGGUAACAGUCACAGAGGAAAUAACAAAAUUAGGCAAACCAAAGAAGACCACCAAAAAGAAAAUUAUCAAACGACGUGGAAAGGAACAACAAGUAACAGAAGUUGUUACAGUUGAAGAGGAAGGAAAGGCACCUAAAACGACAGUGAUAGAAGGGCCAGUGGAGGAAAUAGUUGAAGAAACGAUAAAACCUCUUCCUGGUUUAGAAAAGGUUGUGCCUACUGAAGUAGAGGAGUUGAAGGAGCAGGUAACAGUCACAGAGGAAAUAACAAAAUUAGGCAAACCAAAGAAGACCACCAAAAAGAAAAUUAUCAAACGACGUGGAAAAGAACAACAAGUAACAGAAGUUGUUACAGUUGAAGAGGAAGGAAAGGCACCUAAAACGACAGUGAUAGAAGGGCCAGUGGAGGAAAUAGUUGAAGAAACGAUAAAACCUCUUCCUGGUUUAGAAAAGGUUGUGCCUACUGAAGUAGAGGAGGUAAAGGAGCAGGUAACAGUCACAGAGGAAAUAACAAAAUUAGGCAAACCAAAGAAGACCACCAAGAAGAAAAUUAUCAAACGACGUGGAAAGGAACAACAAGUAACAGAAGUUGUUACAGUUGAAGAAGAAGGAAAGGCACCUGAAACGACAGUAACAGAAGGGCCAAUAGAGAAAAUAGUUGAAGAAACGAUAAAACCUCUUCCUGGUUUAGAAAAGGUUGCGCCUACUGAAGUAGAGGAGGUAAAAGAACAGGUAACAGUCACAGAGGAAAUAACAAAAUUAGGCAAACCAAAGAAGACCACCAAGAAGAAAAUUAUCAAACGACGUGGAAAGGAACAGCAAGUAACAGAAGUUGUUACAGUUGAAGAAGAAGGAAAGGCACCUGAAACGACAGUAACAGAAGGGCCAAUAGAGAAAAUAGUUGAAGAAACGAUAAAACCUCUUCCUGGUUUAGAAAAGGUUGCGCCUACUGAAGUAGAGGAGGUAAAAGAACAGGUAACAGUCACAGAGGAAAUAACAAAAUUAGGCAAACCAAAGAAGACCACCAAAAAGAAAAUUAUCAAACGACGUGGGAAGGAACAACAAGUAACAGAAGUUGUUACAGUUGAAGAGGAAGGAAAGGCACCUAAAACGACAGUGAUAGAAGGGCCAGUGGAGGAAAUAGUUGAAGAAACGAUAAAACCUCUUCCUGGUUUAGAAAAGGUUGUGCCUACUGAAGUAGAGGAGUUGAAGGAGCAGGUAACAGUCACAGAGGAAAUAACAAAAUUAGGCAAACCAAAGAAGACCACCAAAAAGAAAAUUAUCAAACGACGUGGAAAAGAACAACAAGUAACAGAAGUUGUUACAGUUGAAGAGGAAGGAAAGGCACCUAAAACGACAGUGAUAGAAGGGCCAGUGGAGGAAAUAGUUGAAGAAACGAUAAAACCUCUUCCUGGUUUAGAAAAGGUUGUGCCUACUGAAGUAGAGGAGUUGAAGGAGCAGGUAACAGUCACAGAGGAAAUAACAAAAUUAGGCAAACCAAAGAAGACCACCAAAAAGAAAAUUAUCAAACGACGUGGAAAAGAACAACAAGUAACAGAAGUUGUUACAGUUGAAGAGGAAGGAAAGGCACCUAAAACGACAGUGAUAGAAGGGCCAGUGGAGGAAAUAGUUGAAGAAACGAUAAAACCUCUUCCUGGUUUAGAAAAGGUUGUGCCUACUGAAGUAGAGGAGGUAAAGGAGCAGGUAACAGUCACAGAGGAAAUAACAAAAUUAGGCAAACCAAAGAAGACCACCAAGAAGAAAAUUAUCAAACGACGUGGAAAGGAACAACAAGUAACAGAAGUUGUUACAGUUGAAGAAGAAGGAAAGGCACCUGAAACGACAGUAACAGAAGGGCCAAUAGAGAAAAUAGUUGAAGAAACGAUAAAACCUCUUCCUGGUUUAGAAAAGGUUGCGCCUACUGAAGUAGAGGAGGUAAAAGAACAGGUAACAGUCACAGAGGAAAUAACAAAAUUAGGCAAACCAAAGAAGACCACCAAGAAGAAAAUUAUCAAACGACGUGGAAAGGAACAGCAAGUAACAGUAGUUGUUACAGUUGAAGAAGAAGGAAAGGCACCUGAAACGACAGUAACAGAAGGGCCAAUAGAGAAAAUAGUUGAAGAAACGAUAAAACCUCUUCCUGGUUUAGAAAAGGUUGCGCCUACUGAAGUAGAGGAGGUAAAAGAACAGGUAACAGUCACAGAGGAAAUAACAAAAUUAGGCAAACCAAAGAAGACCACCAAAAAGAAAAUUAUCAAACGACGUGGAAAGGAACAACAAGUAACAGAAGUUGUUACAGUUGAAGAGGAAGGAAAGGCACCUAAAACGACAGUGAUAGAAGGGCCAGUGGAGGAAAUAGUUGAAGAAACGAUAAAACCUCUUCCUGGUUUAGAAAAGGUUGUGCCUACUGAAGUAGAGGAGUUGAAGGAGCAGGUAACAGUCACAGAGGAAAUAACAAAAUUAGGCAAACCAAAGAAGACCACCAAAAAGAAAAUUAUCAAACGACGUGGAAAGGAACAACAAGUAACAGAGGUGGUUACAAUUGAAGAGGAAGGAAAGGCACCUGAAACGACAGUAACAGAAGGGCCAGUGGAGGAAAUAGUUGAAGAAACGAUAAAACCUCUUCCUGUUUUAGAAAAAGUUGUGCCUACUGAAGUAGAGGAGGUAAAGGAACAGGUAACAGUCACAGAGGAAAUAACAAAAUUAGGCAAACCAAAGAAGACCACCAAGAAGAAAAUUGUCAAACGACAACAGCAAGUAACUGAAGUUAUUACUGUUGAAGAACAAGGAAAGGAACCUGUUACAACUGUCACUGAAGGCCCUGUUGAAAAAGUGAUUGAGGAAAUGAUAAAAUCUUUACCAAUUUCAGAACGAAUGAAACCAACAGAGAUAGAAGAAGUUCAUGAACAAGUAACUGUUGCUGAAGAAAUAAAGGAAGGCAAACCUAAGAAAAAGAUUACUAAGAAAAAGCAAAUUAGACAAAAAGGAAGAGAACAACAUGUAUCCGAAACUAUCACUGUUGAAGAAGAAGGAAAGCUUCCAGUUAUAACGAUUACUGAAGGUCCUACAGAAGAAAUAAUUGAAGAAACUUUGAAAGUUCUGUCUGCUCCAGAAUACGCUAAACCAGAUGAACUAGAAGAGAUUCGUAAACAAGUUACUAUCACACAAGAAAUGACCGAGGAAGGCAAAUCUAAACAAAUUACGAAGCAAAAGGCCAUAAAACGCAAAGGAAAGAAACAACAAGUGACAGAAAUUGUACUAGUUGAAGAGGAAGGCAAAUCUCCUGUCACAAUUAUUACUGAAGGUCCUAUCGAGGAAAUUGUGAAAGAAACUGUAAGAGCACUUCCUACUGUAGAACGUGUGGACCCAAUAAAAGUAGAAGAAGUAGUUGAAGAAGUAACUGUUACUGAAAUUGUUACCGAGGAAGGUAAACCAGAAAUCGUUAAGAGGAAAAUUCCUAAAAAAGUUUCUAAAAAAGUGUCUAUUCCUAAAGAAGAAAAAGAAGAAAUUCCAGAAGUUCCUGAAAUUUCAUUAAGAAAACUUAAGAAACCAGUUAAACUUGAACGUCUCAAAGUAACUAAAGUCGAAGCCACGAAACUUGAAGUACAAAAAAUACCUAUGGAUAAACCUCAGUUUGCACAAAUUAAAUUGCGUAAAACUCCAACCAUGAAACGACCCGUGGAAAAGAAAGAAAAAAUUCCUCGAGUUCUUCUUCGAAGUCGAAUUAUACCCAUAAAAUGGCCUCCAGCUAUAAAAUAUUUGAAAAUCGAGGAAUUUGAACCGAACGAAGUUCAAAAUGGUAUUUUGUCUCGCAAUGUUGAAGAAGCUGCCAUUUUAUCAAAAUCUAAAAAGAAAAAGGUAAAACGUUUGGAAAAAGAAAUAGCCAAACUGGAAAAACUGGAUCAAGAAUUCGAGGAAUUGAAAAAAGAAUUACCUCUGGAAAAACUUGUAGAGCCUCUAAUAGAGAAACCAGAAAAGAAAGUGAAGAAAAAGAAGCCUGUUGAAAAGCUUAAAGGCGAAAAGCCACAGUUGAUGAAAAUUAGCAUCAAAGAACAAAAGCCUAUCAAACCGAAAUUUGAGGAAUCAGUUACUCCUUUGUUUGCACAGAUUAAACUGAAAAAAGCACCUGUCAAACCAAAAAAGAAAGAAGACAAAGAUGAAAUCAAGUUCCCUAAGGUUUUAUUACGCAGUCGGAUUACGGAACACGAAUGGCCACCAUCUAUCAAAUAUUGUAUUAUUACUGAACUUGAACCUAAUUAUGUGCAGAAUGGUGAACUAUCUCGCACAAUGGAAGAAGCAUUGAAAUUAAAGAAAAUGAAACACAAGAAGGUAAAAUUUCCAGAAAAAGAAAUAACAGAAUUGGAAAAAGUGGAUCAAGAGUUCGAGAAAUUAAAGAAAAUUCCAUUAGAAAAAGGAGAAGAAAUAGCACCAUACGAACGUAAGCCUAAAUCCAAAGAAUCCGAAGAAGAAAAACCGAAAAAAUUGAAAAUAGGUAAAGGAAAGCCUCGGUCUGCAGAAGAGGAAGAGCCAGAAAUAAUCAAAUUGAAAAAAAUACCGGAAAAAGUUCCAAGUGUUCCAGAAAAGCUUGCUCCUAUUGCAAAAAAGAAAGAUGAAGUAGAUAAGCCUGAAAAAGAGAAAGAAGAGAAAGAAUAUCCUAAAUUAAAACCAUUCGAACCAUACGAAAUAGAAACAACCGAAAUAGAAUUAGAAGAACUAGAAGAAUUAGAAUAUCCAAAGAAACCAGAGAAAGUGCCUAAGAAAAUGCUAACUAAGAAACCGAAGAAAGAACACAAGACACCAGUUCAAGAAACUGAAGCUGUUCCAAUAGUACCCGGUGUUCCAAAACCGAGAGAACCUCAAGAAGAAGAAGAAAUUAAAAGAAGAAUUCCUGAAUCUGAAGCUUCAAAAGAAAAGCCAGAGAAAAUUAAAUUAAAACCUUGGAAGAAACCUGAAGAAGAAAAAGAGCAAGAAAAGAAACCUGAGUAUUAUUUAAAAUUCGUUCCCAAAGACGACGAUAUUGUCGAGACUGUCGAGAUUGUUACAACCGUGAACAUGGAAGAAACACCAGAAAAGAAACAACGUAAGAUCAAAAAGAAGAAAACCACAACGAAACGUGGAGACGAGAAACCGAAAGUUAUCGAAGAGAUAACGAUAGAGGAAGAGGGUGUAGAGCCUAUGGUGACGGUCGAAGAAAUUGUCGAGGAUAAACUCGAAGCCGUAUCGAUCGAAUUGAAACCUGUGCCUAUCGAAGAAAUCAAAGAAGAAAUAGUAACGAGCGAGAUCAUGAGCGAGGACGGAGCAAAGAAAACGGUGCGCAAAAAGCGCGUCACGAAAAAACGCGAAGGUAAAGAACAGAUCACCGAAGAGGUGAUCGUGGAAGAGGAAGGUAAAAAACCAUUAACAGCAACAACAGAACUUCACGAAGACACUACACAAGAAAUACACGAAAAACCAAAACACAAAAGACCAACAAAACCAAAAGCUGACGAGAAAGUGACGGAAGAUAUCACGGAGGAAAUUGUAGAACAGAAAGCUGUCGAGGAAAUCAAGAAACCAAAGAUUAUUAAGAAAAAACCUCUUAAAGCUAAAAAUGAAGUAACAGAGGAAGUCGUAGAAGGAAUAAUAAUAGAGCAACCUGAUGAACAAGAGGCACAACCAAUUAUGGAAGAAUUAGAAACAGUAACAAUCACUGAACACGAUGUACGAAAUAUACCGAAGAAAAAGAAAGAGGUCGUCAUUAAAGAGGAAGAAGAAAUCUUCGAGACGAUCGAGACACCUACUCAAAAAAUUAUUAGAAAAAAGAUUCGUCCUAUGAAAAAAGGAGGAGAAGAAAUCGUGGUGGAAGAAAUAAUUCAGAAACCACGCGAGGAAACAAUAGAAAUGGAGAAACAAAGAAUAAUAGAAGUGAUCGAGACACCUAUAAAGAAAGUAGUGAAGAAAAUAAAAGCGGUAGUAAAAGAUGACGGUGUUCCCGAAGAGAUUGUUGAAGAGAUCGUAAUUGAGAAACCACAGAAAGAAAAAGCGAAAUCUAUUAUUGAAGAAGAAAAGGAAAAGGUCAAAGUAAUGAAGAUUGAUCUGAAACAAGCACCCAAAAAACCGGAAGAAAUAGUUGAAGAAGAAGAAGAAAUAAUUGAAAUUAUUGAAACUCCAAUGCAAAAAAUCAUUAAAAAGAAAUCAAAAGAUAAAAAGAAGAAGAUAGUGGAAGAAGUUAUACAGAAAACAAUAGAAGAUGCAAAGGCAAUGGAGGAACGUAAAAUUGUGGAAAUCAUUGAAACACCGACAAAGAAAAUAAUCAAGAAGAAGAAAGCGAUUUUCACAGAAGGAAAAACCCCUGAAGAGGAAGUUGAAGAAAUCGUGAUUGAAAAACCUGUUAACGAAAAAGUCCAAAAAGAUGUCGUACCUCAAGAAGGCAUAGAAAUCACUGAAAUUAUUGCUGAAACUUCUAUCGAACAGUUACCUGAAAAGAAACUUAAACCAGAAGAGAGCAAAGUCUCAGAAGUGGAAGAAGAAAAAACAGAGAUCACGCAGAUAGAAAUGGAAAAAAUACCAAAGAAGAAAAAACCAAUUGCAACAAUUGAGCCAGAAGACAAAGAAGAGAUCAUAGAAGAAAUAAAGCCUGAAAUGAAAAAAGAAAAAGCUAAACCAACUGAGAAAGAAAGCGUUGAGAUAACUGAAGUGAUUUCUGAAGUAAUAACAGAAAAACUUCCUGAAGAAAUUAUGAAAAAGAAAGCUACUAAAAUUAAGGAAACGGAAGAAAAGAUAAUAAAGAAGGAAAUAAAAAUAAAGGAAGCACCGAAGGAAGCUGUACCUCAAACAGAAGAACAGCUAGAAGAAGAAGUACAAGAAUUAAUUACAGAGAAACUAAAGAAAACUAAAGCAAAGAAAGAAGUCAUGUCUCAAGAUAGUAUCAUAAUUACCGAAGUCAUUUCUACAACUGCAGAAGAAGCGUUAGAAGUAAAAAAACCGGAAGAAGAUAAAGCUGUAAUAAUCAAAGAAAAGGAAGAGAAAGGUAAAGUAGAAGAGAAGAAAGUAAUUGUGAAAAAGGCUAAAAAGAAACUUAUACCAACGGAAGCUGAAGAGGAACAAAUAGAAGAAAUAAUAGAAGAAAUAACACCAGAAGAACUAAAAAUGAAAAAAGCUAAAAAGACUAUUCUUCCUAAGGAAGAGAUACAGAUAACCGAAAUGAUUCCUGAAAUUAAAACAGAAGAGAUAAAAGAGAAACAACCAAAAGAAGAAAAAGCUGUUCCUAAAGAGGAAGAGAAAGUGGAAGAAGAGGCAAAAAUUACUGAAGUUUCCGUAAAGAAAGUACCCAAAGAAGAGGAAAAGAAAGAAAUUAUAACGAACGGUGAGAUUGGAGAAAAGCCAAAAGUAAAAGAAAUUCCUGAAGAAAGACCUGAAUUAAAAGAAGCUCCAAAGACAGAAAAAUUCAAAAAAGAGAAACCAAAAGAAAUAAAACCAGAAGAAAAGGAAGAGAAAUUAAAAAAGAAAAAAAUACCAGAAAAGAAACCUAUUAUUACGGAAGAGGAACAGUUCGACGAAAAAAUAGAAGAAAUAGUAGAAGAAAAACCAAGGAAAGUCGAGCCCAAGAAAGAAAUUAUAUCAAAAGAAACUAUUUCAGAAAUUGUUGCCGAAGAAUUAUCAACGAGAAAACCUGAGGAACAUAAAGUAAUAUCUGUCGAAGAAAAAUCAGAUGAAAAAUUUACGGUUGAAGAAGUCUUAGUAGAAAAAGAUCUAGAAAAGAAAGAGAAAGAAAUAUUAGAAGAAAAAUCGAUCGAGGAAAUUCAUGAGAAACCAAAGGAAAUAAAGAAGAAGAAGAAAAAGAAGAUAGUUAAGAAAGAAAAUAUUGAAGAAUGGGUAGAACCAGAAUAUGAACGACCUGUACUGGAACCUAUGCCUGAAAAGAUACAAUGGGAACCAAAAAAGAAGAAAGUAAAGAAACCUUUACCAGAAUCCUUGCAGAAACUGGUACCUCAGAAAAUCGAAAGAAAAGAGAUCAAACCCAUGAAGUUAAAAUAUUCAGAACCUACAGAAACUGUUCAGUUUGCUGCAAUUAAAUUAAAGAAAGUAGUGAUUCCGAAAAAGAAGGAAAUUGAAGAAUCCAAGUUCCCGAAAAUUAUGUUACGAAGUAGAAUUACAUUUGUCGGAGAUUAUCCACCUGAAAUACAAUAUCCAAAGAUAAGCGAACUGGAAGUAAAUCCAGUUCAAACGGGUAUUCUGUCUAGAAAUACGGAAGAAGCUCUUGAAAUUCUAAAAAGGAAAGUGAAGAAGAUUAAACUUCCCAAGAAAGAAGUCACAGAAUUAGAAAAAUUGGAUCAAGAAUUCGAAGAAUUGAAAAAGGUUCCUUUGGAAAAAAUAGAGGACAAAUUGAUAUAUGAACGUCCGCCAAAGAAACCUGCAGAAAAACCAGAAGAACCACAAAAGUUAGUUGUUGGAAAAGGCAAGGUGCCAGAAGAAAAGAAAGCAGAACCUGAAAUGAUGAAAUUAAAAAAGAUUCCUGAAAAGAAACCGGAAAAAAUUGAAGAACCGUUGAAGAAACCAGUCAAACCAGAGUCUGAAGAGAAAAUUAAGGCAGAAAAGAAGGAGAAACCAAAGAUGAAAUUAGAACAUGAAGAACUGAGACCAUUGGAAUUUGACAAAUCAGAGCUCGAAAAAUAUGUGCCUGAAGAGCAUGAGGAAUCAGAAAAACCACCACCAGAACCAAUGCCAAAACCAUAUGAAAGAGAAAAAAAGAAAAAACCAGAUCAAGAAAUAGAACAAAUUCCAUUAAUAAAAGGAGAACCUAAACUACCAGAACCAGAUAAAGAACCGGAAGUUAAGUUUAGAAUACCUCAGAAAGAAAAACCAGAGGAAGAACCGGAAAAAAUAACGUUGAAAGGCUGGAAGAAAGAUAAACCUGAGGAUGAAGAUAUCAAAGAGUUUCCUGCAAAGGAAGAAGAAGAAGAAGCUCCUACAGCGCCUAAAAAAGAAGCAGAAGAGAUUAUUCUGAAGCGCAAAGUAAAACUAAAGAAACCUAAAGAAAAAGCUACUAAAGAGGAAGAGGUUACAUUCAAAAAACCAGAAGAAAAGAAACCGAAAGAAGUUAUUGAAGAAAUCACGCUGAAGAAAGAACCUGAGAAAUCAAUGGAACAAGUUCCAGAAAUAUUUAUUAAAAAACCAGUUGUAGAGGAAAAAGAAAUAGAAGAAAAGGAAACAAUUACUGAAGUAACAUUGAAAAAACCAGAAGAAAAGAUAUCUGAGGAAAUAAUUGAAGAAAUAAAGAAACCUGAGGCAAAGAAACCUGUGAAGAAAGAAACUAGUGAUGAAAUCACUGUAAAAAAAUCUAUUGUGGAAGAAAAGAAAGAAGAGGAAAUUCCUGAACAAAUAAUACUUAAGAAAAAGAAACCAAAAGAAAAACCAAUUCCAGAGGAAAUAAAAGAAGAGAUUACAUUAAAGAAACUAAAGGAAAAAGUGUCUGAAGAAGAACAGAUAGAAAUCAAGAAACCUAAAGAAAAGAAAUCAGUUGAGAAAGAAGCAACUAGUGAGAUCACCAUUAAAAAGCCUGUAGAAAACGAAGAAGAAGAAAUCCUAGAAGAAGUGACUUUAAAGAAAAAGAAACCAGUUCUAGAAGAAGUAAAGGAAGAGAUUACAUUGAAAAAACCAAUACCAAAAGAAAAAGUGCCGGAAGAAAUAAGCGAACAAAUAGAGAUAAAGAAACCGAAAAAGAAAAAACCUGUAGAAGAAGAGGCAGCUGAUGAAAUUACUAUCAAGAAACCUGAGACUGUAGAAAAAGAAGAAGAAGAGAUUACAGAGGAAGUUACAUUGAAAAAGAAAAAACCUAAAGAGAAACCAGUUUUAGAAGAAGUGAAGGAAGAGGUUACAUUGAAAAAACCAAUUCCAAAAGAAAAAGUGCCGGAAGAAGUAACCGAACAAGUAGAGAUAAAGAAACCGAAAAAGAAAAAACCUGUAGAAGAAGAGGCAGCUGAUGAAAUCACUAUCAAGAAACCUGUGUCUAUAGAAAAAGAAGAAGAAGAGAUUACAGAGGAGGUUACAUUGAAAAAGAAAAAACCUAAAGAGAAACCAGUUUUAGAAGAAGUGAAGGAAGAAGUUACAUUGAAGAAACCAAUUCCAAAAGAAAAAGUGCCAGAAGAAAUAACCGAACAAGUAGAGAUAAAGAAACCGAAAAAGAAAAAACCUGUAGAAGAAGAGGCAGCUGAUGAAAUUACUAUCAAGAAACCUGAGCCUAUAGAAAAAGAAGAAGAAGAGAUUAUAGAGGAGGUUACAUUGAAAAAGAAAAAACCUAAAGAGAAAUCAGUUUUAGAAGAAGUGAAGGAAGAGGUUACAUUGAAAAAACCAGUUCCAAAAGAAAAAGUGCCAGAAGAAAUAACCGAACAAGUAGAAAUAAAGAAACCGAAAAAGAAAAAACCUGUAGAAGAAGAGGCAGCUGAUGAAAUUACUAUCAAGAAACCUGAGCCUAUAGAAAAAGAAGAAGAAGAGAUUAUAGAGGAGGUUACAUUGAAAAAGAAAAAACCUAAAGAGAAAUCAGUUUUAGAAGAAGUGAAGGAAGAGGUUACAUUGAAAAAACCAGUUCCAAAAGAAAAAGUGCCAGAAGAAAUAACCGAACAAGUAGAAAUAAAGAAACCGAAAAAGAAAAAACCUGUAGAAGAAGAGGCAGCUGAUGAAAUUACUAUCAAGAAACCUGAGCCUAUAGAAAAAGAAGAAGAAGAGAUUAUAGAGGAGGUUACAUUGAAAAAGAAAAAACCUAAAGAGAAAUCAGUUUUAGAAGAAGUGAAGGAAGAGGUUACAUUGAAAAAACCAAUUCCAAAAGAAAAAGUGCCGGAAGAAGUAACCGAACAAGUAGAGAUAAAGAAACCGAAAAAGAAAAAACCUGUAGAAGAAGAAGCAGCUGAUGAAAUUACUAUCAAGAAACCUGAGCCUGUAGAAAAAGAAGAAGAAGAGAUUACAGAGGAGGUUACAUUGAAAAAGAAAAAACCUAAAGAGAAACCAGUUUUAGAAGAAGUGAAGGAAGAGGUUACAUUGAAAAAACCAAUUCCAAAAGAAAAAGUGCCGGAAGAAGUAACCGAACAAGUAGAGAUAAAGAAACCGAAAAAGAAAAAACCUGUAGAAGAAGAGGCAGCUGAUGAAAUUACUAUCAAGAAACCUGAGCUUGUAGAAAAAGAAGAAGAAGAGAUUACAGAGGAUAUUACAUUGAAAAAGAAAAAACCUAAAGAGAAACCAGUUUUAGAAGAAGUAACGGAAGAAAUUACACUCAAAAAACCAAAAGAAAAAGAAAAAGUACUUGAAGAAGUAACUGAAAAAAUAGAAGUGAAAAAAUCUAAGAAGAAAAAACCGAUAGUAGAAGAAGCUGCCGAUGAAGUAACGAUCAAAAAAAUCGUUGAAGAAGAAACGAAAGAAGAGGAGGCUCCUGAGGAGGUUGUACUAAGACCAAAAUCGAAGAGGAAAUCAAUCGUAGAAGAAGAAGAAGAAGUCACUGAAGUAACCAUCACAAAACCAAAACCGGUCGAAGAAGAAAAGAAAUCGAAAGAAGUUGAAGUAUUUCUGAAAAAGAAGAAGCCGGUUGUUGAGGAAGAAGUUGCCGAUGUAACCGUCAAAAAGUUGAUUUCAACAGAAGCUGAGGAAGUGCCCGAAGAAUUUACUAUCAAGAAAAAGAAAAAACCAGAAAAGAAACCGACGGUCCCGGAGGAAGUCGAAGAAACUGCCAUAACCAUAAAGAAAGUUCGUGGUCCCGAGGAAAGAAAAGAAGAAGGGGAAGUAUCAACUGAAAUACAAAUAAAGAAGAAGAAACCUGAACGCAAAGUCAAAGAAGAAGCGACUGAAGAGUUAACUAUUAAAAAAUUCGAAGAAUUGAAAGAACCUGAAGAAAAGGAAGAGGUGCAAGAAUUCACCGUGAAACGAAAACCUCCGAAGCAGCCCCCUAAACCGAUCGAAGAGAUCUACGAAGAUGUUACUCUUCGAAAAUUACGUCCAAAGAGGAAACCAAGGCCAGAUAUCAAUGAAGUAACCGAGGUGGAAAACGUAACGUUCCGACCACGGUCCACAAAGACCAAAGAAGACGUAGAACAAGAAUUCAAGAUCUCAUUGAACACCUACGAAGAAGAAGAUAUUUCGAUGUCCGGUAAAGUUCGACUAAAGCCCAAGAAACGGCCAAUGACAUAUUCUGAAGAGGCUGGAGAAGAAACGAUCAAAAUAAUACAGGAAAUCGAGGAUGAUUCGGGACCUAUCAUAGAAGAGAUCAUAGAAUCGGAUGAAGAGGCCAAGGAUCAAUAUAGUAUUGAGGAAUUGGAAACUGAUGAAAUGAGGCUUCCAUUCAGAAAGAGGAAGAAGAAGGAACCUAAACCAUAUAAAGUGGAAGAUGUCGAGGAGGGUGAUGUGAAACUGAAAUUGAAACAUGAAAGAAAAUAUUCCAUAGAGGAAAUUGACGAAACAUUGGCAUUGAAAUUGAAGGCCAAAAGACGCGUGUCCACUUAUGAAGAAGAAGAGGCGUCACUUAGUAUCACCAGAGAAGAAGAUAUUUCAGAGGGAGAAGAAAUCGAAUAUGUUGUCCGCGAUGGCGACACAAUGUUCUCGAUUUGCUCGUAUGUGGCAGAAACCGACGAAGCUAUUAACCUCGUUGAAGGAGAAAGAGUUUACAUUAUCGAUCACACGAAUCAGGAUUGGUGGUUCGUGAAAAAACAUUUGACAGAAGAAAAAGGUUGGGUUCCAGCGCAAUAUCUUCUCAACGAAGUCCAUUAUACUCAUUAUCUGCAACGCAAAUUACAUGAAAAAAUUGACAAAUUACCUGUAUUUGAAAAACCUGGUCCUGGAGAGAAAACAUCAGCACCGAGAUUUAUCGAAAAAUUGCAGCCAAUUCAUACACCAGAUGGUUACACGGUUCAAUUUGAAUGUCAAGUGGAAGGUUUACCAAGGCCUCAAAUCACAUGGUUCCGACAAACUGCCAUCAUUAAACCGUCCCCUGACUUCCAAAUGUACUACGAUGAUGAUAAUGUAGCAACUCUGAUAAUCAGGGAAGUAUUCCCUGAAGAUGCUGGCACUUUCACCUGUGUCGCCAAAAACGCUGCUGGUUUUGCUUCCAGUACUACGGAAUUGAUCGUGGAAGCGCCUCUUUCUGAUCAUGGAUCAGAUCUGACUGGUCCAUCCAGAAAAAGUCUGUCAAGAGAAUCAUCGCUUGCCGAUAUCUUGGAAGGAAUACCACCGACAUUCUCUCGAAAACCAAAAGCGAAAUAUGUCAACGAAGGUGAAGAUGUGAUUCUGGAAUGUCGAUUGGUAGCAGUACCGGAACCUGAAAUAACGUGGUACUACAAGGAUAUGCAGAUCACAACCAAAGAGAACAUCGUAGUUGCUACUGAAAGUGAUAUGCAUAUGUACUGCAGCGUGAUUAAAAUUACCAAAGUACAAAAGAAACAGGAAGGAAAGUACACCAUCAUCGCUAAGAACAGAGAAGGUGAAGCUACCAUUGAGAUUCCUAUGAAGGUGAAGACUGGUAAACACGAACCACCAGAGAUUUUAGAGCCAUUGCAAUCAUAUGUGAUACGAGAGGGUGAAACCGUGGUGUUAUCGACACAAAUCGUAGGAAAUCCAGCUCCUAAAGUGACUUGGUACAAGAAUGGUAAACCAUUGAAGGAUCUGAUCCCGAAACAAGAUGGCCACGUGAACACAUUAACAUUGAUUCAACCUCAAGUAUCUGACAGUGGAGAUUAUUCUGUCACAGCUAUUAACGAUCUCGGCAAGGUUGAAACGAAAGCUACAUUGACAGUUGAAAAGAUACCAAGCGGAGCACCAGAACCGCCACUUUUCACGGAACGAUUCCAAGAACUUACUGUUCCGCAAAAAGGUACCUUCAAAUUGGUCGCGAAAGUUACUGGAAAUCCUGUACCGGAAGUCACGUGGUUAAGAAAUAAUAAACCCUUAGAAAAAUCGCCGAAUAUCAUUGAAACUUAUGAUGGUGAGAACAUCGUGUUGGAGAUCAGGAACGCGGAUUCAGAGGUGGAUGCAGGAGAUUAUAAAUGCAUUGCUAGUAAUCCAGUUGGAAAAGCCUCUCAUGGUGCCAAAGUUACGGUGGAUGUAGAAAAGGUAACGUUCACGAAAACUCUGGAGAAGGAAAUGAUUGUCGACGAGUACAAGACUUUGGAAUUAAUUUGCGAAACAUCGCACACGGUAUCGACGAAAUGGUGGCACAACGAUAAGGAGAUCAGUGGAAUGGAUCAUCGUGAAAUUGUUCAAGAAGGACGAGUGCACAAAUUGGUGAUCAAAAGAACUAGUCCUACUGAUGAAGGAACUUACAAGUGCACUGUAAAGAAUCAAUCAACAUCUAGCAAAGUUACUGUAAAAGCUACCAAACCAGAAUUCGUGAAGAAGUUACAAGACUGCGAAGUAAAGGAGCGUGACGUCACCAUUUUGGAAGUUGAGAUCACGUCACAGACAGCAGAUGUGAAAUGGUUCAAAGAUGGCGAGUCCUUGGGACCAAGUAAAGAAAAAUUAGAAUUCGUGAAAGAUGGCACUAUUAGAAAAUUACUAAUUAGAAACACGUCCGUCCAUGAUGAAGGAGAAUACACGUGCACCCUUAUGGAUGAGAAAUGUACAGCGGAAGUCACUGUUAUUGAAUUACCACCAGAAAUCAUCACAAAGAUGCAAGACGUGACGAUAGCAAGAGGCGAGAGAGCGACUUUCGAAAUAGAAUUGACGAAAGGAGAUGCUUUGGUUCGAUGGUUCAAAGAUGGCCAAGAAUUACAAUUUUCCGAACACGUACAACUGUCGAUAGAUGGCAAGAGGCAGAGAUUGAAAAUAUAUGAUACAGAACCAGAAGACGCAGGUGUUUAUUCCUGCGAAGUCGGUCAACAAAAAUCAUCUGCCAAAUUGAUCGUGGAAGAACCAGGCGUGGACUUCAUCACUAGAUUACCAGAUGUCACACUUGUACCGUUGAAUGCAGAUGCCGUUUUCCUCAUUGAAAUAUCGCGGGACGUUCCAGUUACAUGGAUGAGAAAAUCAGAAGUAAUUAAGGAAUCAUCGAAAUAUAGCAUCGUCGAUGAAGGCACAAUAAAGAAACUGAUAGUGAAGAAAUGUACCACUAAAGAUAUUUCAGAAUACACAGCUGCUGUAACAAAUGUGAAAACAUCAUCGAAAUUAAGAGUCGAAGUCAUUGAAGUGGCACCAAAGAUUAAUCCAGACACACCCAAGAAAUACAAGGUAAGAAAAGGUGAAGACGUCGAAAUAGUGGUGAAAUUCAGCUCAACACCGAAACCAAAUGACGAAUGGACAGUAAAUGGCCAUGUGGUUACGAAAUCGAAACGUGUUGUGCCUUCGAUCGAUGAAGAAUCCGCGAUCUUAACUAUCAGAAAGAUCCAAGAAGAAGAUGUUGGUGAUUAUACUCUGAAACUGGUGAACAAUGUUGGAGAGGCUAGCAUAGAAAUCAACGUCGUCAUCGUUCAGGUACCAAGUGCACCAGGUGCACCAGAACCAUUGGAAAUAACUGAGAACAGUGUCACGCUUCACUGGAAGAAACCAGACUCAAAUGGAAACUCACCUAUUGUCGAGUACAUUCUGGAGCACCAAGAAAAGACUGAAACUACGUGGACCAAAAUUGCAGAAACGAUAAAAGAAACAACUCACAAAGUAACAAAAUUAACUACGAACAAAGAAUAUACCUUCCGUGUAACAGCUGCAAACGAAGCUGGACCAGGCGAAACAUCACCAACUUCUCCAUACAUAAAAAUAACAAAACCAUCGGCUGCAGAACCACCAAUUAUCUUAGAACCUCUGAAGAGUGUUGUCGUUGGCCUUGGGGAAACCGUCAGUUUAACUUGCGUCAUUGGUGGAACACCGGCUCCUGAGAUUACUUGGUUAAGAAAUGGAGAAAUUUUCGAAGAUAUCAAUAUCACAUACGAAAACCGUGUGUCCAAGUACACCAUCACGAGGACAACGGAAACUUCAUCGGCAAGCUUCACUGUGAAAGCGAAGAACGACAUAGGAACAGCGGAGACAACGUGUGAAUUGAAGGUGCAAGAGCCGCCUAAGAUCAUUUACGACGAAACAUUGGCAAGCCAAAAUCUUCCCGUGAACGGUCAAUGGAAGAUCGAGAUUCAGAUGAGCGGAUUUCCAAAACCAGAAAUAACGUGGUUGAAGAACAACAAGAAGAUAGUCGACAAACGUGUGUCUAUUGAAACAGUAGAAAAUACAUCUACCAUCUUUAUUUCUUCGCUUAGCAGGGAAGAUAGCGCCACUUACACGGUGAAGGCUGUGAAUGAAGCUGGCAGCUCUUCAGUUGAAUUACAUCUUAGAGUAAUAGAUAAGCCUAGCAAGCCUCAAGGACCAGUGGUCUUCAAAAAAAUCAGGCAAGAUCGUGUCACUAUUGAAUGGCGGCCACCGGAAGACGAUGGUGGAAUCGAACUCGAGAAGUACACGAUCGAAAAGUACGAACCUGGCAAGACUUGGACGAAAGUGGUCGAUAUCGAUAAAGAAGUAGAAAGUUUCUGCGUGCAUAAAUUGCAACAGAAUGCCGAGUAUAAGUUCAGAAUCAUCGCCAGGAACGCUGUUGGAGCCUCUGAACCACUGGAAUCGGAAACGGUCAAGAUGAGGACUUCCUUCGAACCACCUGGACCACCAAGAGGACCUCUGGAAGUAUCAGGAAUGACGAAAACAUCGUUCACGAUAAAAUGGCAGGCUCCAGAAAACGAUGGUGGAACACCAAUAACAGAAUACAUCAUCGAGAUUAAAGAAGAAUCGAAGAAAGCUUGGCAAAAAAUUGGCAGCACAAAGCACGAAACGACACAAUUCGGCGUAUCGAAUCUAAAGACAGAUGUGCCAUACAACUUUAGGAUAACAGCUAAAAACAGCGUUGGCACUGGACCUCCUUAUGUAGCUGAAGAACCAAUUGCACCAGGCAGACGAAUCAAAAUAACAAAAAUGACCGAAAGCACUAUGUACGCUCUGCUUGGUAUAUUUCCGCCGACGAAAAUAAUUAUCAGCAAAACACCACCAUCGAGUCCGCAACAUGUGCAAGUAAUAAAUGUUACCAGCAAGAGCGUGACACUCAGUUGGUCUCCACCAGCCAGCAAUGGAGGAACAGAACUCACAGGAUACAUAAUCGAAAAGAGGCCAUUGAUUGGAAAAGGAGCAAGAUGGACGAAAGUUGUCACCUUGGACGCUACCACACUUCAAUAUUGUAUAGAGAAUUUGAAAGAGAGCGAAUUUAUCUUCAGAAUCUUCGCUGAGAACAACAUGGGACUCAGUUUACCUACAAACUCAGAACCAGUUACCUUGAUGACACAUGCCAAUGUUCCAUCACCACCAACUGCACCAUUAGAAAUCAGGCAGAUUGCAGCAAACACGGUCGUUAUUUCGUGGGGCAGGCCGGAAUCAGAUGGCGGUGCGCCAUUGGAAAGUUACAAAAUUGCUAUUAGAGAUGCAAAGAAGACCAUGUGGAUGGAAGUAGGCAGAGUGAAUGCAGAUACACAGAAAUUGAAUAUCAGGGAUCUUCAGGAGAAUCACAUGUAUCUAAUCAGGAUUUUUGCCAAAAACGAAGUCGGUCUCAGUGAUCCUCUAGAGUCUGAUGAACCUGUCAAAAUCAUACCAGCUUCCGAAUUAGCCGUAGUGGAGCCAAUCGCAGAAAUGACAGAAAAGGGUGAAACCGCAUCAGUCAGUUUCAGCACAGAGAACACGAGUUCUUGGCUACGCGAACACAACAUGGAUGCCGACAUCCAUUCGUACGCGAGAGCAAGACUUCUUAGACAAGACGAGUACUUCUUCCGCAUUUGGCAUUAUGCUAAGAAACUUUUCGAAUAAGCAUUUCUACGAUUUAACGGCGUGAAAAACGAAAAACGAAAUUCACAUUCUUUCUUCGUCUUAUCGAGGACCAUAUAAUUUAACGCGUUAGCGAGAUAAAGAAAACGAAACAAUAAUGGACAGAUUUUUUUUUAUUAAUUUAACGCGUUUUUCGAGAUAUUUCGUUCUUCUCUUCUAUUUUUUUUUCAACGAAAUUUGAGAGAAUCGUAUUUCUAUAAAAAUUAUUUUCUUCUUUCACUUUCUUUUUAUUGUAGAUAUUUUCGACGUUUGAUCUCUCACGUGAACACCGCAUAUACGUAUAAUAUACAAAAGAUUAAUGACACUGUUACAUCGUUCCUCUUUUAGAAUCACACGUAUAGAGACUAGAUUUAUUUUAAGGAUCGAUAUUGGAUGGGUGUAGAAUCUAGUCAGCGUAGAAUAAUGAUAUUAUUAUUAUUAUUAUUUUCUUUCUCAUCUUUUAACGGACCAAGACUUCCUCACGCAUACUUGAAAUCAAACACAAACGGAAGAGUUACAUUUCUUCCGAUUCACGAAAUAAUCGCCACGAUUUAAUAACUGUGUGAACUGAAAAUUCGUAAGUCAAAAAAAAAAAAAAAA